AUGACAAGUUUCUCUGCUCGUAAGGGUAAGGAAAAUCAUGCUUGAUAUUAUAUAGGAAACAGGCAGGUUGUCUGACAGUACAACAAUGUAUAUUUUAGAAGGGUUUAUAGUUUAUAGAAGAGUUCACUAAGCCAGAAAGGCUUGGAAAAAAAAAACACAGAGGGAAGGUAGCAGGUAGAGAACUAAUAAGAGGAGAUUUCUGUGCUAUGCGGCAAUUCGUAUCUACUGUCAGGUUGUAUAAAUCGCAAGCUCGGUGCCCUCGUUUCAGCUUGAAUUGUUUUAACAUACUUUAUGCUACAAAAACACAAAUUAAUUCAAUUGUUUUCCGGACACAAUGUAACAGUAUUUUUCUUGGCAUUACAAGUGCAGAUAUAUUAUUGGCAUACGUAAAAAAAAAUAUUUAAAUAAUUUUGAGAUGUUUGUAACAAAAACACAAGAAAGCAUUGCAUCCCAAUUUGCGAGCCAAAAUGUCCUGGUUUCUAAAUACACUAUAGGACAGGGGUCGGCAACCUAUGGCACACGUGCAAUCAACCACAUACAGAUACUUAACAUCACAGACAGCCCACACACACACAUUCAUAGCACAGACAGUCCACACACACACAUAACAUCACAGGCAGUCCAUACCACAAACUACAGAUGUGCAUGGAGAGAAUUUCCGGCUCUUUUUGUAGUUACAUUUUUUUUUCUGCUUCAAUAUCUGUAUCAGAUACCUUUGAGAAAGACAGCAAGUGGGGUGCUGAAACAUUGGGGGGAGUUUUUGACUCAUGCUCUGUACUGUUUGGGUUCUGUAAGAGAUGGUGAUCUCUAUAUGUUAAGUAUAUAAGCUUUGAUGCAUUGUACCUGGUUAUGUAUUUUCUGUUAGUUUGUAUUUAUUUUCAUUGAGUUAUAAUAAAGUGUUAUAUUUUUUUGGUUAUUUUUGGAGUGUGCAUCCUUAAUUAUUUUCUAUUUUGAGUUUCCCAGGCAUUUUUGGGGAGUGCCUAUUUUUUUAUUUGAACCUUGUUUAUGAUUCUAUUAUUUAAAGUGAUAGAUGGUACACCCUCCGUGCUAGAUUAGAAUUGAUAUUGGUAUUUAGUGAAUAAACCCUGUGUAUUUGUAUAUAUUGUGUAUGAUGCAGACAGGGAUGUGACUCAGACAGGCUGCUCUCGGGUCCAUUGAGUGAGCACUCAGAAGGGCAGUCCAAUCUCCCCCAUCUGAUGUCAUAUCCUGUGAUGUCAUACAUAAAUGAUUAUAGAUGCAAAUUAGGUUGCAACCCUAGCCCCUUGCCACCUCACAUCCCAAUUACAGAUUCAACCUACCUGAAUAAACAUGAGGGUGGCCAAUAAAACUACCUGUAAAGAGAAAUAAUCCUACUUACCGUGAGAUUUUUUCUAUCUUCAAAAUCUUCUAAAUAGCCAGGUGAUGGCAUUGUGGGAACUAUGGUACAUUAUGUACAUCAGGCCCCACCAUCACUUUACUUUAUUAUUUAAAAUAUAUAUAUAUAUAUAUAUAUCAGCCCACUGUGGGGGCAUAGAAGGUGGAUUGUGGGGGGAUGUUACUAGCGACUGGGCCAUAUUAGUGGCUAAAUAGAGAGUGGCCAAUGGCUGCUUGCUGUAAUUAACAGAUGAAUUUGGUUUGGAUUCUGUCAUUCUGUCAGUGGUGACGUUGUAUUCUCUUUCUAACUAAAUGACCGAAUAUCAACAUUUUCAGUAAUUUUGUAAUUUUUAAGAACAUGAAUGUAUGUCUAUGGCAAACAGUCUUUAUACCUUCACAUAACACCACAGACCUUCCCAUACAUAUAAAUACCCCAAACAGCCCACACACAUACGUAACAAAGCAGACAGUCCAGAACCACACACACACACACACACUAUACAACAAGCAUCCCACACACACAAGCCAACCAUAUGCAUGCAUGCAAUGCCUCCCCUUUCACACAUAAUACCACCAUGUACUCUCAUUUAUACACACAUAAAACCUCACCACAGACAUCCCAUACACAGACAUAACACGCACACAAUACCUAAAUCACACACAUAGACAACACCAUGUACAAUCCACAUAUACAUGCACAAAGCAGCCACAGCCAUAUAUUAUUAUUAUUUAUUAAGCGCCAACAAAUUCCGCAGCGCUGUGCACAUUCAGUAUACACUGAUACACACCUUGUUCUAUAAAACCGAAAGGCAAAAAUAAGCAUUACUCUGUGCAGAUGUACAUAACAUGGUAGUAGGAUAUAUGGGUUAGGAUAAAAAUAUCACAAUGGCUGCCUUUACACAGUCUAAAUAUGAGCCCGCUGAUGUUUUUUUUAUGGAUUCUGUAUGUUCAUAAUGAUAUGAACAAAAGUAAUGAUUCAGUCCUUUCUAAAAAAAAACAAAUAUUGCAUUUUGCUGUAUUUUUACAUAACUUUAAUCCUCUUGUCCUUGCCAUCAGAGAGAAUAAAGCUACGUUUGCAAUUAAUCCCUCACUAGCAAGACACACACAAAGAUAAACUGAGAGAUAAUCAUGUGAUUAAAAUAUAUUGAUCAAUUCACAAGCGUACUCAGUGCUGAUAUAGCCCACAGAUUAAAGGGACACUAUAGGGUCAGGAACACAAACAUGUAUUCCUGACCCUAUUGUGUUAAAACCACCAUCUACCCCCCCUCUCCCCCCACCCCCGGCCCCUCCUUACCUCCCUAAAUAUUGUAAAAUCUUACUUGCAUUCAAGUCUGCAGCUGCCUGCUGACAUCAGCAGAAGUGGUGGUCUGGGCCAAUCACAAUGCUUCAACAUGGGAUUGGCUGAAACUGUCAAGGAGGCAGAUCAGGGGCAGAGCCAGCAAAAGUCAAACCCUUCCUGGCCAAUCAGCAUCACCUCAUAGAAAUGCAUCUCUAUGAGAAAAGUUCAGUGUCUGCAUGCAGAGGGUGGAUACACUAAAUAGCAGUGCUGCACACUAGGCAGGACUGCCCCAAGAAACACCUCUAGUAGCCAUCUGAGGAGUGGCCAGUGAAGUUAUCACUAAGCUGUAAUGUAAACACUGCAUUUUCUCUGAAAAGACAGUGUUUACUGCAAAAAGGCUGAAGGGAAUGAUUGUACUCACCGGAACAAAUACAAUAAGCUGUAGUUGUUCUGGUGACUAUAGUGUCCCUUUAACAUCCUAUAGUAAGUACUUUCAGCCCGAAUACAGACUUACUAUAACGUUUUUGCCAGGAUAGGUUUGCAUUCUCAUAUUGAGCUCAUUACUAUUAUUAAACGUAUUGAUGUUAUUUCAUAUAAUCACAGAUUUCAAAGCAAAAUGCCACACUUCUACAAAGUAGCACAUUUCUAAUUUACUUAUUUACUGAAUUUUUAUUGAGAUACAAUGUAAUACAAAAUGUCAAGUGACUGACAUGAUCAUAUAAGUGUAUCUCAUUAUUAAAUCUAGGACAAAUUGUCAUCAAGAAAAUGAAACUUAGAAAAAAGUCAGUGUAGUCGCUGUGCUUAUAUAAAGUUUUGUAGUCGUUGCCCAAAAUAACGUUUUGAAGAUCUGUACAAUAAAAUCUAUUUAAAUAUUUAAUUGGUGGGUGUGGAGCUUGACCUGCAAGCUAGCAAGACGUGUCUCACAUGUACUCUUGCUGCCAAAGCGGUCUACCUGGUGAUAUCUUGGGCUACUGAGAUGGAAACCUCAACCCAAGGAGAUUACCACGCUGGGGGCUCUCUAACCUACCUUUUGAUACCUUAAUCAACGCCCUGAACUGCGGCGGGAACUGCAGCGGCAGGAUGCGGCCUACUGGAGAUGGAGUGAAGGAGAGACUGCCGCUUUCCUUCCUCUGAAUCAAGAUACAAUUGACGAGACUCUCUCUACCCGCCCCCUGAACCGGUGGGGGAUAUCCCAGUCCCCUCUGGACAGCAGUCAGCUGUUUUGGCUUUACUUACCACUUAAUUAAGCAGAAAUCGCACCGCUCUCUAACACUCACAGAUGGCGGACGCCAUUUACUCCAACGCACAUGGCAUGCAUGAAGCUCAGAGGGCUUUUAGCGACUCCACUGCAUACUCCCUGUGGUGGCUGGACCAGAUCUUUGAGAACUUCUGGCACGUAACACUGUCAUGACAACCCACAUGCCUCUACUGCUGAAAGGAAACUGGAGAAAGGGGCAGACGAAUAUGGUGCAGCUUCCUCAGAGCGCAAGACCUAAGAAGAAGCCUGUACAGCCCUGGGACUGCUCACCAAGGCUGAGAACCAUCCGAGGCAUGUCCUCAAAGCAUCGUCCACGCGGGGGCGGAUGAAUGCAUGUAAACAGUGGAGAUUGCCUCUCACCUCCUUUGCCCUCCUCUUGAAGGGGAUAGAUCUGGUACCUCAAUGAACCCAGGCCUUGGGCUGAUGGGGCUCUCUGCUCCGGAGUAACUCCUGCCCACACUCCUGCCCACACUCGACUGAUCUUGAUUCUGGGACUGCCACCUGAGUAUACUCUAGCCUUAAUAACAGGAGAUGUUAUCCUAUGAGUUAAAUGCCAUAUAAAAAGUUGUUGUUUUAUCUUUCCUUAUGACUUUUCUUUCUGUCUGAUUGUUCUGUUAUCUCCAACAAAAAACGAUCUACUAUUGAUGUAGUACAGUACCAUAGUGUGACUGCCCCCAGAGGUAUAAUACCAGUGACUCUAACCAGCAAAAUGUCUAACAUUUCUAAAAAUAUACUAUGCUUACCAUGUCUGGUGCAUACCCUUAACUAUACGUUUCUACCUACAAGCAAGUAACCAUGCAUAGCUUAGCACCCAAUAAUGCUAUAUAGUAUAACUAAUUGCUUAAGCACCACAGUCUAGCACUUAACAUUUUCUGACAAGGUAGCACAACAUGGAAAUAUGACUCUACUUUUUUUUCUACUUUUUUUCUCUAUAUUCUUAUACUCUACCUGUAAAUUCGGCUGUCUUGUUAUUACAAAAACUGUGAAUGUUUCUUUAAAUGCCUUACAGCAUAUACCCUUUGAAUCUAGAGAUGUCGCGAACCGUGGAUGCUGUCCAGGAGGUGGGAGGGUCUGGGAGGGAGGGUCUGCUGGAGAUUGGCCGGGAUGUGUCAGCUGACCGGAGCUCGCCGCGAACGGUUCGCGGGAAGUUCGCGAACGGUUCGCGACAUCACUAUUUGAAUCUUGAUUAGACUGUAACUGGGGGGGCAUGACAAGCCUGUUUGUUAUUCUAUGCACACAAAAAUAUAUAUAUAUUUCAUUGGUCUAAUAAUUUGAUAUAUUCUGUAAAUAAUCAAGACAACGUUUGCAUUCCAGCCUGCAUUUCUGUUUAAUUAUAAAACAGUUGAAUCAAGCACACUUAUCUUCCUUUAGGUGAGGUGUUUCAUAUCUAACAAUUAAUUAGUUUUAGCAUGUUUCAUUCUAUAUUGGUUUUGUUUAAUUAACAGCAAAGACACACCAUUAUUACCAGGUCUAAGAAAUACAUUUUAAUAAGAAAGAAUGAUAAACAACUAUAGAUCCCAGUAUUGAAAGUUAAAGGGAAAUACACUAUAUGGACAAAAGUAUUAUUGGACACCUCUUAAUUAUUGAAUUCCAGUGUUUCAAUCAGACCCAUUGUCACAGGAGUAGAAAAUAAAGCACCUAACCAUGCAGUCUGCAUUUACAAACAUUUGUGAAAAAAAUGUAGAGUUCAGUGAAUUCCAACGUGCUAUUGUGAUCGGUUGCCACCUUUGCAAUAAGUCAAUUUGUGAAAUUUCAUCCCUGAUUUAUAUUCCAUGGUCAACUGUAAGUGGUAUUAUUGGAAAGUGGAAAAACGAUUUGGAACAGUAGCACAAAAUGGAAGAGCACGUAAACUCACAGAGCGAGCUCACCGAGUGCGGAGGCACAUGAUGGUGCGUAAAAGCCACGAACACUCUGCUUAGUGCAUAGCUGAAGAGUUCCAAACUUCCACUGGAAUUAAUAUCAGCACAACAACUGUGUGGCAGGAGCUUCAUGGAAUGGGUUUCCAUGGCCGAGCAGCUGCAUGCAAGCCUCACAUUGUACAUGAUGUAGUACAUUUAGGACAAUGAUAUGCGUCCAACUUUGUGGGAACAGUUUGGUGGAAGGCCCUUUUCUAUUCCAGCAUGACUGUGCCCCAGCCGACAAAGCAAGGUCCAUAAAGACAUGGUUGGAUGAGUUUGGUGAGGAAGAAGUUGACUGGUCCGCACAGUGCGGUGACAUCUACCCCACCAAAGACCUUGGGUAAACUGGAAUGAAAAUUGCGAGCCAGGCCUUCUCGUACAAUAUCAGUGUCUGACCUCACUGCAUAAAUUGUCAAAAUUCCCACAGAAACACAUCAAAACUUUGCAAAAAUCCUUCCCAGAAGCAUGAAAGCUGUUAAAGCUGCAUAAGGGCGACCAACUACCGAUUUAUUUCUAUGUAUUUAUAAUACAAUAUUGUAAAAGUCUGUGUGGUUGUGAUGGUCAGGUGCCCCAAUACUUUUACCCAUAAAGUGUAUAAUUACCUUUCAUCAUUGAGUUAACUGUUAAUUAUUGAAAAGGCUUAAAACCUAUAAUCAAAUGCAUUUAACUUUAUCUGUACAUCUCCAGAUAUGUUUUCUUUUUGUGAAAGUAAAAAGAAAAAUGUAAUUGGUAAUUUAAUUUUUUAUUGGGGUUUGAUAUUGUAUGUGAUAUUGACUUGGAGUUUAGGAGAGAAAAAAUACCAAGGAAUGAAUGAAUUCUAUAUCAGUUAAGUUUACCUAUUGUUUGACAGAUUUGAAGAUUCACUGCCCAGAACAUAAAUAUGCAUUUUAUUUGGGUCACAUUCAAUGGUCAUAUUCUAGCUAAAUUAGAGCUCUAUUCAGAGCAAAUCACUAUUGUAAACAGAUUAAGUUGUAUUUUUUUAUUUUUUCAGUUAAAGAGUAUAGUAUAGGACUCGCAGGUCCCUCAGUAUCACGAGAAUGGACGCGCAGGUCCCAUUACAUAAAUACUCUCUGGUGCGUUCAACAGUGUUAUGAUAUCAAAUAUGGUAACUAACAACAUUAGUUAAGGUGAAACAGUGUGACCCCAGCCACUCGGCACCCGAUAGGGGUAUGUGGAGUGCUAUUUUGAGCAGGGGGAUAUGCCGCAAUGGGAUUACCAAUUGGGCCACACCCCAAGCCCUAGAGAAGAGAAGUACGCAUGUUAAUAAAGAAAAGAGGGAAUGAAAGGAAGAGCAAGAGGGAAGUGCAGGGUCCAAGCGGGUACAGAUCAGCGCACCCGAUUUCCUGUGUCCUCCAUGGAGGGAUCAUCAAGUCUCGCCCCCUGUGGCCGCAGCAAGCCGACCCUCCAGGGCCCAGUCCUCUCCCUCCACCAUCCUGCAGAUAUCUGGCCCAGAAUUUGUGAACGCACGCACCAGCCACUGUGCCCAUAUGUCUAUGUGUGCUUGUGCCUGGAAUUGGGCCGAGUACCAUAGCUCCUCCAGAGCCUGCAGUUUCUACAUUUUGGUAUACCAUAGGAUCAAAGGUGGAGCCGUGUCUUUUAUCGGUAUCAGGGGGGUAUUUUGUAAUGUAGAAGAUAGGAGGCUGGCCACAAGGGUGGCGAGUUAUCUGUAAACAGGUCCAUGAUAGAUGCAAUUUUUUCCCAGAAUGGUACUAUGUUUGGGCAUUCCCAACAUAUGUGUAAGAAGUAGUCCAUUUCCCUCCUACACCUCCAGUAAAGACCUUCGGUAUCAGCGUGUAUUCUCUUCAGGGCUUCUGAUGUCAAGUACCAUUGUAUGAGAACCUCAUAGGCCGUAACCUGGGUUUUACCAGCUAUGGCACAGUGAUACACCAGGUCACAGAUCUUAUGCCAUUGGUUCUCCGUGAACAUUCCCCGGUGGCCAUUUCCCAUUUAGACAUGAAAGGGAAUGGAGUAAGUUUUAUAGUUUAGGUUUAUAUAUAAUGAGGAUGAAGAUAAAUGAAUUCAAAGCAAAUUUCAAAAGUUAACUUAAAAUCAAAAGUAUUUUCAAUUUGGCCUUGUUUUGGCCUUAAAGGACCACUAUAGUGCCAGGAAAACAUACUCGUUUUCCUGGCACUAUAGUGCCCUGAGGGUGCCCCCACCCUCAGGGUCCCACUCCCGCCGGGCUCUAGGGGGAGGAAGGGGUUAUACUUACCUCUUUCUCCAGCGCCGGGCGGGGAGCUCUCCUCCUCCUCUCCUCCCUCUUCUUCCGUCACCGGCUGAAUGCGCAUGCGCGGCAAGAGCCGCGCGCGCAUUCAGCCAGUCCAUAGGAAAGCAUUAUCAAUGCUUUCCUAUGGACCCUGGCGUCUUCUCACUGUGAAAAUCACAGUGAGAAGCGUGGAAGCCCUCUAGUGGCUGUCAAUGAGACAGCCACUAGAGGCUGGAUUAACCCAUAGGUAAACAUAGCAGUUUCUCUGAAACAGUUAUGUUUACAGAAAAAUGGGUUAAUCCAAUCUGGACCAGGCACCCAGACCACUUCAUUAAGCUGAAGUGGUCUCUGUGCCUAUAGUGGUCCUUUAAAUUCACUUUAUAUUAUGGACAAGUCUCACUUUAGUUACCUGAAAGUUAUUGUCACCAUGGCAACGGUUUAAUAUUAAGAACAAUACUAUGUACAAGCAGUUUAAUUGUGUGAUAUCUCAGUGAUCUGUUAGCUAUGUAGGUAGUUUUUUUCUUUUUAGCUUAUUUUGUACAACUAACUCUAAUUUAAAAAAAAAAAAAACUUUUUUUUUUUUUUUUUUUACAACUGCUCUUAUUCUAUCACUGAUGUGUCUCUUAUAAAAGGUUUUAGCUACUUGCUGGGUUAAAUCACCUUCUGCAAAUUACCACCCAAGGUGACUAUCCAUGACAUCAAUAUGUUGACUAUUGCGGUAUAUGACGGACAUACCCAGAUUAGAUUAUUGGGCCUUUCUCCAUUGGAUCAAGAACCUACUGCAUAUGUGUUGACUAACCUACUACAUCAAAGCAGGUACAAUCGUUGGGUUCUCUAACGACUAAUCUAGCUGCCAGUACAUAUAUCGCAAAGAGAAAAGACAAGAAAAAUCAAGGUAAUCAUUGCAGCCAAUUUGAGGGAGAAUACAUUUUUACACUUUUGACAUUCUUACAGGUUCACACUAUGUGGACCUUCAUCAACAGAAAUAAUUCAAUACACUAGAACGGGACCACACUCAGCCAAAAUCUACAGUUGGCGUACUCAAACUGGAGGUGGCAAAUUCUCCAGUUCAAUAUAGCCUGGUCACACAACAGCUUCUUUUUAGCAGUUUUAUUGGGUGAAGGAUUGUAACAAGUGCUUACCUUUCCCCGCCGAUCCCGCGCAGCGCCGGGUCCUCCUCCAAUCCUUCCGGGGGGCGGCUCAGCCUUUCUGACGCCGGCCGCUCGGAUCACGCCCACAUUUAUGACGCGGCGCAUGCGCGCCGACGUCAGACUAAAAAUGGUGCCAAAAUUCAAACGUGGCCACGCUCCCGGACUUUUUGGGGGCGUGGCUACAAAAUAAAAGCCAAAGAACCCACACUAUAAAAGGGCUAUCAUGACACUUGUCAGAUGCCCUAGUGUGGUUCUUGUUUAAGUCCCCUGGUGCUAUCUUUUCUGAUUGUUCUUCCUGGUAUUUGACCCUUGGCUAUUUCUCUGACUAUUCUGUGUUCUGGUUUCCCAUAUCUUGGCUUGGAUAUUCGUGUGCCCGUCUUCCGUAUUCCCUUGACCUCUGGCUAUUUCUCUUGACUAUUCUCAGACGCUAGUCCGGCCAUUCUAAGGUCCGGUAACCGUCUUUCUGUGGGUUUCACGCUGUGUGAAGGGGUCACUGUCGUGACAUUACACUAGGGCCAUGGACCCUGCAGGUGUUAACCCUCUCGGACCGGCACCUGAUGACCGGUUUGAGGAACUGGACCAUCGCAUGGACCAGUUCGCUAUUGCGGUACAAACCUUGCUUGCUCGUACUGCCCAUCUCCAACCGGAGGAGCAAAACCCAGUACUCAGACCACAGGAACAACCCAUGGAAAUGGUUACUAUGGGUACUACUAAUCAUGCUACCUCCCCUCUCCAUUACGGGGGUGAUCCUAAAGGCUGCCGAGGUUUUUUGAAUCAAAUUAGUAUAUACUUUGAGCUUCAUCCGAGAGCUUACCCUACAGAUAGGGCAAAGAUAGGUUACAUCAUUACUUUAUUGGUCGAUAGGGCAUUGACUUGGGCAAAUCCUCUGUGGGAGAACGAUAACCCGGUAGUGUAUAACUAUGUAGAAUUUGUCGCAGCUUUUAGGAGGGCUUUUGAUCCUCCAGGGAGGAGAACUAAUGCUGCCAAGACCUUGCUACGUAUGAGACAGGGUUCUCGUUCUCUUGUUGAUUACGCUCUAGAAUUCCGUACCCAUGCAGCCGAAGUUAGAUGGAAUGAACAAGCGUUUAUUGACGUAUUCAUGAACGGGCUUUCAGAUAAACUCCUAGAUGAAGUUGCCACUAGAGACCUACCCAAUGUGCUAGAGGAAUUGAUCACAUACCUUUCCCACAUUGAUGAGCGUCUUAGACACAGGCAGAAUACUAGAGACAGACCUCGACGGGUGCCAGAACGCUUAGCUUUAACCUAUCCUUCCUCCGAGACAACAACAGUCGCUCCUCCAGAACCAAUGCAACUGGGAGUCACGCGUUUGUCUGAGGAGGAAAGACAAUACCGCCGUAGGGAGGGACUAUGCCUAUAUUGUGGCCGAAAGGGACAUUCUCGUUCAACCUGUCCUAACCGGCCGGAAAACUCCCGCACCUAAGCCCUCAUGGAGGACAGGCCUUGGGUGUAAUGUGUAUGUCCUCCUUUAAUGAUAAAAAAGAUCAUAGGCUUCUUCUACCUAUUGUUAUUGAGUGGGAAAAGAAAAAAGUGCCAACCAUUGCCUUAAUAGACUCUGGGGCGGCCGAAAAUUUUAUUGAUCAUAGAUUCGGUCAGGAACAUGCUUUCCCAUUUCAGAAUAGAUCAACACCCUUGGCCGUUGAGGCCAUAGAUGGUAGACCAUUAUCUAUCCCAUUUAUUACACAAGAGACUCUUCCAGUGGUAUUAUCCGUAGGUUCCCUGCAUAAGGAGGUUAUUAUCCUGCAACAAGUCACUUCUCCCAUCUUCCCGGUUAUUCUUGGCUUUCCUUGGCUCUCUAAACAUAACCCUUCUAUAGAUUGGGAGAAAAAAGAAAUUGUAAAAUGGAGUGAGACUUGCCACAGAAAAUGUAUUACCCCUAUUAAAAACGUAGGUCUACUUAAUGUACCUACUAAGGAACCUUUAACCACUCUGAUACCCAGACAAUAUUGGGAUUUAAAAGCAGUUUUUGAACCUAGAGAGGCAGAAAAAUUACCUCCACACCGGUCCUAUGACUGUCCCAUUGACUUAUUACCCGGCACUAUGCCCCCUAGAGGCACAGUUUAUCCCCUCUCGGUAGCCGAGAAUAAGGUACUAGAGGAAUAUAUCACGGAAAACUUAAGAAAGGGGUUUAUCACUAAAUCUUCCUCCCCUGCUGGCGCUGGGUUUUUUUUUGUUUCCAAGAAGGAGGGGGACUUAAGGCCCUGUAUUGAUUAUCGGGGUUUAAACAAAAUAACUAUACGAAACGCCUAUCCUAUUCCUCUAAUCACAGAACUUUUCGAUAGAUUAAAAGGGGCAACUAUUUUUACGAAAUUGGAUCUGAGAGGGGCAUACAAUCUAGUUAGGAUUAAAAAAGGGCACGAAUGGAAGACUGCUUUUAAUACUCGCUAUGGUCACUACGAGUAUAGGGUCAUGCCAUUCGGGUUAUGCAAUGCCCCAGCAGUCUUUCAAGACUUCAUUAAUGAUGUUUUAAGGGAAUAUUUACAUAUGUUUGUUAUUGUCUACUUAGACGACAUUCUAAUCUACUCCAAGAAUAUUAAAGACCACCAUACUCACGUUAGGUUGGUUCUUUCUAAACUCUUAGAAAAUGGACUUUACUGUAAAUUAGAGAAAUGUCAAUUUGAUAUAGACACUGUGCAUUUUCUGGGCUAUAUAAUUUCAGGGUCUGGAUUUCAAAUGGAUAAAAAAAAACUAGAAGCUAUCCUUAAUUGGCCCCUGCCAGUUGGACUCAAGGCUAUCCAACGCUUUCUAGGGUUUGCCAAUUAUUAUAGAAAAUUUAUUAAGGGUUUCUCCUCUAUCACUGCACCUAUCACUGCCAUGACCAAAAAGGGGCGAAAUUCUAUGGAAUGGAAUCUCGAGGCCAAGGAAGCUUUUGAGAGACUUAAAUUGGCCUUUUCUUCUGCACCGGUGUUGAGGCAUCCCAAUCCCUCUCGUCCGUUUAUAUUAGAGGUGGAUGCAUCAGAAACCGGUAUAGGAGCUGUGCUGUCUCAACGUCCAUCUGAUGAUCAACCAUUGCAUCCCUGUGGAUUUUUUUCUAAGAAAUUAACUGAGACAGAAAAGAGAUAUGACAUUGGGGACAGGGAGUUAUUGGCUAUUAUCUCUGCCCUCAAGGAGUGGCGCCAUCUGUUAGAAGGGUCUACCAUUCCCAUCACCAUCCUUACGGAUCAUAAAAACCUUUCGUAUUUUGGAGAAACUAAAAGAAUGUCAGACAGACAGAUUAGAUGGUCUUUAUUUUUAACACGAUUCAAUUACAUAGUAACUUACAGACCAGGAUCAAAGAACACUAAGGCUGACGCCUUAUCCCGUCAAUAUGAACACUUGUCACCUACAGUAACUCAUUUCUCUUCCAUAAUCCCAUCCAACCACAUAAUCGCAACCGUCCAUGCCAAAAUCUCUUCAGGGUUAAUGGAGGAGUUAUCUAGGUUUCAGGAUCAGACCUCAUUGACUAUUCCCAGGGGAAAACUAUACAUACCCCUGUCUUAUAGGAAAAAGGUCUUAUUCCUUGUACACAGCUCCAAAUUAGCAGGGCAUCCAGGCAUUCACAAAACCAAGUCUUUACUCGAAGAACGGUUUUGGUGGCCUUCAUACAAGAAGGACGUUCGCGAGUUUAUUCUUGCUUGUAAGGUCUGUGCUUCCACGAAGUCAUCCAAAGCUCGUCCUUUGGGCCUCCUUUUGCCAUUGUCCAUUCCCGAUAAACCCUGGACAAGUAUUGCUGUGGAUUUUAUAGUGGAUCUGCCCCCUUCCAGGAACCAUAAAGUUAUAUUGACUAUAAUCGACAGAUUCUCUAAGAUGACUCAUCUCAUCCCACUAAUCAAAUUACCCUCCUCUUCUGAACUGGCCUCUUUAUUUAUAAAGGAGGUAGUACGUUUACAUGGCAUACCUCAAGAUAUUACAUCUGACAGGGGUCCACAGUUCAUUUCACGGUUCUGGAGGGCAUUUUGUGACCAAUUAGGUAUUGUCCUUAACCUUUCUUCUUCUUAUCAUCCCCAAUCUAAUGGGGUUACGGAAAGGAUGAAUCAAUGCCUGGAACAAUACAUCCGCUGUUUCAUUUCUGAGCACCAAGACGAUUGGGUGGAACUACUUCCAUGGGCUGAAUUCGCCCAUAAUAAUCUAAUACACGAAUCCACUCAACAUAGUCCCUUUUUUAUUAAUUAUGGGUUUAAUCCUACAACUUUGCCGAGUUCCUUUUCAUCUACAGGAGUGCCUAGUGUUGACAGUACUCUUCACAAUAUGAAAGAAACUUGGCUAGGGGUUAAACAUAUCUUAACUCAAAAGUCUCAGAUUCAAAAGAAUAAUGCGGAUAGACGACGCAGGGCUGCUCCUACGUUCGUAGCAGGUGACAGAGUUUGGUUGAGUACCCGCAACAUAAAGUUAAAGGUACCCUCGAUGAAAUUUGCUCCCCGUUUCAUAGGCCCGUUUCAGAUUCUCAAACGCAUCAAUCCGGUCUGUUAUAGUUUGAGAUUGCCAAAUACUAUGAAAAUUCCUAAUGUUUUUCAUGUUUCCCUUCUCAAACCGUUCGUUUGUAAUCGUUAUACGCAAAUUGUCUCCACUCCUCCUACCUCACCUGUGGAGGAUCAUGUCGAAUACGAAGUUAAAUCUAUAUUAGAUUCACGGAUUUCUCGGGGUAAAUUACAGUAUCUCCUUGAUUGGAAAGGGUACGGUCCCGAGGAGCGAUAGUGGGUCAAUGCAUCAGAUGUUCACGCCCCUCGCCUGGUUCGUCUGUUUGAGAGGCGGCGCUCUUGUGGGUUCGGUUCCACCCGCCCUGGGGGCGGUUCUCGAGGGGGGGGUACUGUAACAAGCGCUUACCUUUCACCGCCGAUCCCGCGCAGCGCCGGGUCCUCCUCCGAUCCUUCCGGGGGGCGGCUCAGCCUUUCUGACGCCGGCCGCUCGGAUCACGCCCACAUUUAUGAUGCGGCGCAUGCGCGCCGACGUCAGACUAAAAAUGGCGCCAAAAUUCAAACGUGGCCACGCUCCCGGACUUUUUGGGGGCGUGGCUACAAAAUUAAAGCCAAAGAACCCACACUAUAAAAGGGCUAUCAUGACACUUGUCAGAUGCCCUAGUGUGGUUCUUGUUUAAGUCCCCUGGUGCUAUCUUUUCUGAUUGUUCUUCCUGGUAUUUGACCCUUGGCUAUUUCUCUGACUAUUCUGUGUUCUGGUUUCCCAUAUCUUGGCUUGGAUAUUCGUGUGCCCGUCUUCCGUAUUCCCUUGACCUCUGGCUAUUUCUCUUGACUAUUCUCAGACGCUAGUCCGGCCAUUCUAAGGUCCGGUAACCGUCUUUCUGUGGGUUUCACGCUGUGUGAAGGGGUCACUGUUGUGACUUUGGUCACUGUCGUGACAAGGAUUCAAUGGAUAACAUUCUGGUUUAAGUUUCUUCAAUAAAAAUAUUUUCUUGAAAAAACAAUGGGAGGUUAAUUGGAUCUGUUGAUAUGAUCUGUUCAGUAAUAUUUUAUAAAGAGUUAUAAAUUCUUCAUUUCUUAAGCUAUUUCUUUUUUCGAGUUUGUCAUAGAGGUUGCAUCAUACAACAUGUAAUGCAUUGAUGAAAGUUACAAUGCUUUAUUUGUAGCAACACUUUUGUUUUCGAAGAAUAUUCUAUCACUUUAGUAACACUUUAUGAAGGCCAUGCAAGGAACAAUAACAGCAGGUCUGAUCUUUCAUUAGUGGAAGCUCAGGGCUUCCUGCCCAUUGCCAAGAUAAAAACCACACAUCUAUUUUAUCUUUUUUUCCCUCUAAUUAUCACAUGCUAAUCAUUAAAUCAUUUCAUUUGAAAUGAUUGACGGUAAAUGCUAAUAAUAAUACCAAUUAACAUGAUUUCUUUGGCUAAUUAUCACAUUAUUUUUGUUUCAAUAUUACUGGUCUUUGAUGCAGAAAUAAUGACUAGCACUUACCAUGCUGAUCGUACUGAUACAGUUUCAAAAAACAUUAGUUCACUCACGAAACCAUUAGAGAAACUUGUCUAAGACCUUGUUAUUCUUUUCUUUAGUUAGUGACAAUGAGAUAAUCUUUCAUGCUGUCCAUUCUGGAGAGUCACCUAGACUGUCAGAUGUUUACAUCACUCUGUGACAGCAGGCGGACACAGAAGGACAUAGCAUGGGGAGAGCAGAUUAAUAGUUUGGGGACAUCAGAGUAUGGCAUCGAUCAAGAGAACACAGGAUUAAUUUUACAUAAAAAUACAAAAUAUUGUUUUUAAAACGUCUCUUCUUAGUAAUAAAUUCAAGAUGUAAUAUGUGAAUCUUCUCCCAACAGAAUCAAGACUUCAUUUGAUGAGAUAUUUGAAGAUUACGAUGAUAAACUCUGCUCAUAUCGCACACAGCCUCACGGUUUUAUCAUUUCAAUACGUUAUAAUAAUUAGACUGCAAGAGUAUCUCUGGUUUACUGCAAUGCAGAGCAGUAAUGUACAGACAUCUUUAGGAAAUGUAUUAUCACAGGUUCCACACGCUCCUGUGGCUCCAGGUCUCGCUGGCACACAUCUCCCCACAAAAACAAUACACAGAUGUACUUAUCAUGGUUUACAUAAUGAUUUUAUGAUCAAUAUAUGUCCUGUGGCCCAACUGUGAACGGCUUACUGAAGUAGCCAUCGAUGUUGAAACAUUUCCUGUGAUACACAGCUAUUCUAAUUAAGCUUUAAGUAUCAUGGGAAUGAUAAUCCAAACACACCAGCAGUGUCAACAUUCUGCAUUGCCAAAUCUAAAUCCUGCCUGAUCUUCUUCUCGACCCAUAAUGAUGAGGGCCAGAAGUUACGCAAUUCUUCCAGGCCUUUUUCCAGAGUGUUCAUUCUAAAGCCCUCAUGUACCAGACCAAAGCACGGUUUAGAAGGUGUGUUUGGAUGCUGAACUGAAGUUUCAGUUGUGUGGGGAGUGUUCAGCUUUGAAUUAUCCAAGUAAGCUUUUGAAGAAGGUAUCUUCUUCUGGUCUAUGCUCAUGGUGUCUAUGAGAUUCAGGUUGCUCUUAGCUUAGCAAGACACUCCGAGGGGGGGUCUACUGGUGUCUUUGACCAACUUGGGUCUACUAGUGUCUUUCACCCACUAAAACUAUGAAUUCUUCUUGUAAUAAUCCUGGACAUACCCUUCCCAUAUAGCACAUACUAUAUUAUAUCCCUUGUCUUUCAAAGUGUAUAUUUAUAUAUCAUUCUUACAUUGCUUUGAAUUUUUUUUAAAGGAAUCCUAUCACUAGUGCAGAUAUUUAGAGAGAUGACUGUUGACAUUGUAUAAAGCUCUGGAAUAUUAAUAGAAAUAGUUAUUGAUGUUCAGAAGCUCAAGAAUUCGUUGUGUGGUUCUAUGUCAUGAUUAGAAUAUAUGCACUAUUCAGGCUUUGUAUCGUCCCUAUCAUUGCAUUCAGAGGUGAUUCUAUACAAUGUGACAGGAUAGAUGAUGUACCUAUAUGCACUGGAACGUUGGUUUGGCUAUACAAUUCGUUGUAAUUUUAAAUUGUAACUAUGUAUUGUCAUAGUGGCCAAAGACACCCAACACAAAGAGCUUAGAGAAUCCCAUGUAGAUAAAGACAAAGCAACGUAAUUCCAGGAUGUAGAGAUCUGGACUUAACACAAUGUCUUAAGUCCAGAUCUCUUUGGCCUGGACAUACAUUUCCAGGCUGUAAAUAGAACUUGCAAACAGAGUGGCCAAGAUCUAUUCUGAGAUUAUAGAUAUCAGGUAAACAAGAGGACCUUACAGAAAAUAGAAAACCAAAGUCGAGUGGGGUAAAAAUAACAAAAAAGGGCAGGAUAUGAUAUAACAUGAUAUUGGGGAUGACCAAUAAUCUGAAACAGGUCAUGUGAAGGAGUGUCUAGUAAUGAUUUAUAGGCGAUAACUGACUGCAAUUGGCCAGUUUCAUUCCUGAGUAUCCAGAAUAAGCGUGUUUGUUGGGGCAGACAGAUUGAUGCGUGUUGGAACACUAGUAAAAGCCAUAGAAGAAAGAAUUUGGCGUCAAUAAUGACACUAUGCAUAUACCCAGCGUCACCAUACGGUGCAGAACGGAAGAGGCUUGGGUCUGGGCGUGUGUGCACAAGUUUUCCUGACUGGAUUUAUUAACAGACAGACUUCCAUGCUACGGACAAUGAUUAGAUAGUACAGAAACGCAAUAAUGGAUCUAAACAAUCUGCCCUGGAACCUCAAUGGGGAAAAUUAAAAGAUAAAGAACAAUGAGAAUAGAGGCAAUAAUGAAAAAUAGGGUACUAUCCCGAAAGGCUUGUGUUACUCACUGAUACUCUGAAAAUUAAUGGGAUCUCACUCACAAACUCAGCUUGUUGACGGCACCUAGUGUGGGAUUUUCAAUAUAUUAAUGGCCAUUAUUAAGGGAAAUACACAUAAAAACAAGUUUGUAGGUAGAGAGUUUUACUGCUCUUUUCUGAUCGGUACAUAACUAUGCUGUAGGACAAUAACAUUGUGCCCGAAUUCACCCAAUAGCCAUUAAUCGAUAAUAACCUAAUAGCCAAUAAUCUAAUAUUUAAAGUUUCUAUACUUUCAAUCAGCAAUAGCCAGGUCAAAAGAUAUUGGUCAAGUUAUAUCAAAUAUGCAGUAGUUUAUGAAAUAAUAAUGAAAGAAACUCAUUAUAUUAGUACAUGCGUAAGAUUUAGGUGGAACCAUUCAGCCAUAGCACAAAAGCAGUAGAGGGGAAAUAUAAUUUCUGUGUUUUCACAAUUAUUAAUAUCGCUAUCUACCUGUCCUCCUUUAUCUGGCUGAUGUAGUUAGAUACUAAUGGCUCAGCAAUACGAGCCAAAAAUAAAAAUAAACGCUUUAUUUAAUCAGCUAUUUAUAUUGUCUGAGACAAGUGGCGCAUUGGUAAAUAUUCCUUAUAAACAAACUUCUAGCAACUGAAUGCGUUUUUAUUAAAUGAAAUGUACACAGUAUGUAUCGUUCACUCCACCUGCAGAUUAAGCACAGUGGCAUAGAAAGGGGUUUUAACGUUUAAUGGAAUGUGCUAAACAAGUACUUGUUGUUAAGAAUGUUGAGUGAAAAUUGUUGCCAACAGGAAAAAAUUAAACUCCUUUUAAAAUACAAAAAAAUAAUUACUUACAUUUUUCUUGAACUGCAAUGAGGUUUUUUUUUAAAAAAAAAUUUAAAAUUAUUUUUAACUAUAGCAAGAUGUUGUUUUAUGGCGAUUUUCUAAUUAUUUGCCCUUUGAAUUUCUCUUCUUUAAUUAGAAUGAUUUACAAGCAUGUGUUCGUACCUCAAUUUGUCUGUGCUUUUUCCCGUGGUAUGUCAAUGAUUUAUUUUAUUUAGUUAUUACCUUUUUGGAGAUUGUAUUUAGAAGGAAAAAGAUGCCCAGAUGUAACAUUUAAGAAAGAAAGAAAAAAAAAAUAAUUUUGACUGGUUGCUUUUGAGAAAUGUAAAUUGAAAUGUCUAGUUACAUUUUAACACAUUUUAAAUGAGUGUUGUUUGCAUCUUAGAAUUAUGUUUUCCAAGUAAAGCUUGUCUCAAGAGUUUAUGUAUAGCUUCCAGCCUGUAAGGAAAAUCUGUCUUGUAUUAUGUUGUUCAGAUAACAAAGAUAAUAGGCGAUACUUAUGUAAAGUUGUUUCUGGAUCAUCCAGGAUAUGCUUCAGGAGUGGAACCCGCACAAUCAGGGGGCCCAUAGGGUGGCCCUUGCACUUGCACCCAUUGGUUAUUGCUGAACAGGGACCCGGCCAGGUGCUGUGGUUCUUUAACAGCGAGACUGGGCCCCUGUAGUAUCGGCAAUGCUGGGAGGAAGUGGCACUAGGCGAAACCUUGUCACAACUCCUACAUUCACAGGGAGCCACGCAGCACAGGAGUGGGGAGAAGCAAGGAGAGAGCAAGCACCGCAUUCCCAUUAGCCUCAGCCAGCAUCAGCAGCACCUCAAGGGGGACACCCUCCUUCACACAAAAGGUAUGUUAACAGGAGGGUGGCUACAAAUAUAAAAAGUAUGACAUGUAUGUGUGCAUCUAUCUAUGUGUGCGUCAGUUUGUGUGUGGGUAUUUGUGUGUCAGUGUAUGUAUCUGUGUGACAAUGUGUGUAAGUAUCAGUGUUUGUAGUUAUGUGUCACAAUGUGUGUAUGUGACAGUGCAUAUAUCUGUGUGUCAGUGUGUGUGUAUUUGUCAGUGUGUGUCUGUGUGUCACGGUAUGUCAGUGUGUGUCAGUAUGUGUAUCUGAGUUUGUGUGCCUGUGUCAGUGUGUUUAUUUGUGUGUCAGGGCCUUUGCAUGUGUCGGUGUGUGUAUCUCUGUGUCAGGGUGUGUAUAUGUUGGUGUGCAUUUGAGUCUGUGUGUAUUUUCACAGUCUAUGUGUCAGUGUUUGUAGUUAUGUGUGUAUGUGACAGUGUGUGUAUCUGUGUGUCAGUGUGUGUGUAUUUGUCAGUGUGUGUUUGUGUGUCACGGUAUGUGUCAGUAUGUGUAUCUGGGUUUGUGUGCAUGUGUCAGUGUGUUUAUUUGUGUGUCAGGGCCUUUGCAUGUGUCGGUGUAUGUAUCUCUGUGUCAGGGUGUGUAUAUGUUGGUGUGCAUCUGAGUCUGUGUGUAUUUUCAAUGUCUGUAUCUAUGUGUCUGUCCUUGUGUGUAUGUGUUAGUGUGUAUCUCAAUGUCUAUAUGUGUCUGUGUGUUUAUAUGUGUGUAUCUGUGUAUGUUAAUGAGUAUGUAUAUUUGUGUAUGUAUGUAUGCAGUUGUGUAUGUGCAUCAUACAUGUACAUUCCAGCAAACACCAAUAUAACAUGCAAACACACCCAUGCAUUCAAACUCCAAAAUUAUAUGCAAACACCCCUUCAUUCAAACACCAGCACUACAUACAGAAGCACACCUACAUAUAAAAGUCAACACUACAUGCAAACACAAUCCUGCAUUCAAAUGACACGAGUACAUCACCGCAUUCCAAUGGAAACAGUUUAUAGAAAUACAGCCCUACAUGCACACACGUAAUCUGAUAUUAAAAUGCAUAUGGGCAAAUGGUAAAUCCCCAAUUGACAUAUCAUUGUGGGAGUUCAACAGACGGGGAUUUACCUUUGGCCACCCUUGUGAUAGGUGGGGGGCCCAAACAAAUGUAUUGCACCAGGGCCCUCUCUACAUUAGGUCUGCCAUGGAUAUGCUUACACUGUUUGGCUUGUUUGUAAAUACAUAUAUUAACAGUAAUAAAUAGUGAUAAUUAAGAUGGAAUUAUUGCAGUGUUACAAUUUAUACAGUGACGCAUACAGUCUAUUUGGGUGAGUACAUUUGCCUUAAGCUCGGGUUGGCAUUAUCCUUUGCAUCCUUCUUUAUUAAGCUGUAAAUGUUAACAUUCUACUAAAGAAAUAAAUACAAACACAAAUGAAAACACAAACAGGAAGGAAAGGAUGAUGGAAAAUACAACUUGUAAAAAUAUUCAGAAAAAUUUUAAUUAAACCAAAAAAGAAAUUUAAAAAAAACCAAAAAUAUGUCUAAACUUGAUGCUCUUGAUUCUAGUUCUUCUCUUAAAUAUUAUUAUUUAUUUUUUUAAAAUAAUAAUAAUUUAAUAAAAAAAUUUUAUAAUAAAAUAGCGUUUCUAUAUUUAUGUGAUAAAGUAGGAUUGGUCAAUGUAUUCUGUAUCAUAUAAUCUUAUAUAUUACAUUAUUUAAACAAUAUUUUAUUUUUAAUGAACUAACUGUCUAAUCACUUCUGUAACAGUCUAAAUAUUUAUAUUAAAAUACAAACGUGGAUUUGGAAUCAAUUAAGAUAUUUUAAGAGGUAUAUGUGACAAUUUGAACUUUAUUUUUUCUGUACUAGCUAUUCAUUGUCAAAACCAUGGAAACCUGACCAUUAAUAAACCCAGUCAGCCGGGAGAACUUGUGGGCACACGUCACAUCACGUCACAUCAGAACCAAGGGCACGCACAAGAAGCACCAGAAGAUGAUAUAUACCAGUAUUAGGGAAAGGAGUCCAGGCACUCAAAUGUCUUCAGGCAAAAUGCGGCUGAUGUGUUUCUGAUGGAUGGUGAGUACCAAAUAAUUUCAUACUAAGCCAGAAUUUAAUUAGAGUUAAUUAAUUAACUGUUGAUUAUUUAAUUGGUUGAUUGUGAUUUUGUACGCUCACAAUGCUUUUUCUUAUAAAUGUUGGUAAGCUUUAGUGUGAAGUAGCUUGACAAAGACUUCUUUGGGAGUCAGUGGCAGAUUCGGGGGGGGGGGCAGCAGGGCAAUUGCCCCCCCCCCGAGAGCCGAUGCUCUCCCCUGCAGGGCCAAUGCAAUCCAAGUGCCGGCCCUGCUAUGUGCCUUCAGAAACCAGUAGGGAGAUCAGAGAUCCCCUUCACCAGUCUGCGGGCACUUUGUUGGCAGCUGGCAGGGAGGGAGAGAGGACCUGGGUGCUCAGCCUGCAGCUCCUUCGGGUUCUCCUCUCGCAAGCACAGAGUAUUGCCGCGGUUACCACGGCUAUGCUCCAGGUUUCGCAGGCUAGAGUUCACUUGGACUGCCAGGUAUUCACCACUAGGACCACCAGGUAUUGCAGGAAAUAUCCCUCCUCCGUCAGUAAAGGAAUAAAGGGAGGAGGGAUAUAAAGUAUUAGUAUUAGUUUAAUUAAAAAUAUAUAUUUUUACACUUGCUUUAAAGGGACACUCCAGGCACCCAGACCACUUCUGCCCAUUGGAGUUGUCUGAGUGCCAACUCCCACUACCCUUAACCCUGCAACUGUAAAAAUUGCAGUUUUCAUAAACUGCAAUAUUUACCUUGCAGGGUUAACCCCUCCUCUAGUGGCUGUCUAUUAGAGGACCUCCAGCGUGAGGACUUCCAGCGUUGCUAAAAUCCCCAAUGCUUUCCUAGUGGGAGGUCUAAUGCACGUGCGCUGCAUUGCCGCGCAUGCGCAUUAGGUCUCACCCCGCCUGCUGCCGCACAUGCGCAAUCUGUCUCCCCCCGCUGGAUGACGUCGGCUGGGGAGGAGCGUGGGCGGACCCUGGACCAGCGCAGAGGGACAUCGCGCUGGACUCCGGUAAGUCACUGAAGGGAUUUAAACCCCUUCAGCAACCUGGGAUGGGGGGUGGGAGGGAGAGGGGAUUGUUUUCCUGGCACUGGAGUGACCCUUUAAGCUACACAUUCUCACACACACUGCCCCAUAACCUCAAACACACACUGCCCCCCCGCACACACACACACACAUUGCCCCCAUACACACUGCCCCACUCAAACACAGACACACACACACAUACUGCCCCAUACACACUGCCCCCCCACACACACCACAUUCUGCCCCAAUACACACACACUGCCCCUUCACACACACGAACACACUCUGCACCCCUCACACACAUACUGCCCCCAUACACACUGCACUCCCACUACACACACACACACACUCUUCACACACAUUGCAUCUUUCACACACAUUGCAUCUCUCACACACACUUCACCCUUCACACAAAUUGCACCCCUCACACACAUUGCACCCCUCACACACAAACAAACACAUUGCACUACUCUCACACACACAUUUCUGCCCCUAUCCCCUGCUACAGGACCUGUCCCGGGAGACCCCAGGUAAGUUGUCAAAUGGUUCUUAAACAGUUUGACUGCGUACUCUGGGAAGGCGCCCACGGCACUCCUGGAACCAUAACAACUAUAGAGACUGGUAGUGGUUAUUGUGCCUGGAUUGUGCCUGUAACUAAUCUCCAAGUACCUCUCCCGAGAUUCGGUUCUGGAUCCGCUCCUGUUGGGAGCCGAAACGUUGCAGUAUUCCACAUGUUCCAAUAAAGGUGCCUGAAGACAUUGGAGUGCCUGGACCCUUUUUCUACUACUGUUAUUUAUCACCUGCAGCCCAGGCCCAAGCCUCCUCCACACUGCUUCAUAUAGUGAUUCUUUGUAUCUGCCUAAUGUCAUUAUUGACAUCAAAUCCUUUCAUUCUAUGGCUUUAUAAUAAUGUGAAUUGGGUGCACUCCCAGGACAUGCAUUUAUAAGAAGUGUUACUACUGUAAAGACUAAAAUCUAUACAAAAACAGUUAAAGGAACAGCGCACCCCCCAAAAAACAACAAAUACGGUUUUAAAUUUUACAAGGCUGUUUAAAUCACCUAUUUUUGCAAACAAAGGUGCAGAUUCAGUUACACCAUAUAACCAUGUUAUGUUAAGCCUACCGCUUAGUCAAAGUACGCCAGUAUCGGUGUGUUUUUCAUCUUCUAGUGUUCUAACAUGUAUCUUGGUUCAAGCGUCGAUUUGCUGAGCUAUUAUAGCAACAAACAAGCUGAGUGUUUUCAAGGCUCAAGGACAGAAUGACUUUGCUCUUCCAAGUAUGUAUAACAUAAAACCUCCAGGCUAUCUUACACUGUGCAACCAUCUUCCCCAUUCCACUAUAACCACCGAAUAGCCCAAACAAUUGUCCUAACAUCUCCUGUGUAUCUGAACAACACAGUGCAUUUACAUGCUACUUUAUCAUAGCAAACUUACUAGUACUCCUUUGGCCCCUUUAAUAUUUAAUUAAAACUUGAAUUGUAUACUAGUCAUACCCUCAAUACUCUACUAUUUGGUUAUUCACCUUAUUCCUGUUAGCAUUGUCUGACCUCUACUCCGACCUCGACACCCACCUCGAAAUGUUGAAAUGCUUGAUUUUCCCCUGCAAAGACCCAAAAGCCAGGUCAUUCGGUACUUUCCCUAUUUGAACAGUGAUACCCCAGAUAGCUAUGCCAUGGAGCCCAUUUGUAUAACGAAAGACUAUGUGAAAGACUUUGGCUCCAUAGCAAUUGAACUGUAUGUAUGUGAUCUGAGCGCCAUUCAGUAAUAAUGUGCGCUCAGAUCUAAGCUAUCUGGGGAUAUGUUGAAUGUACCUGUUUUAUGCAAUAGCUGCACAGUUAUAUAUAUUUAUGUAUUUUAUUGUUUAUUGCUACCAUGUGGCUAAUGGAGUUUUGCCUCUGUCCUUGGAGAUAAUUGGAUUACUUCCCAAUUAUCUCCAGGAUAGAAGACUCUGUGGAACCGGUUUUGGGCAGAAAAGCCAUGCUUCAUUUGGGCACAAAGGACUUUGGUCUAACUUUUGACCCACUGGACCAAUUUGUAUGAUUUUGACGUAUGUUUGUAUUUGGAGUAUGCUGAUGAAAAUUUAAGUUUUAUGUGAAUGUGACGUAUACUUUAAAAGUUAUGAAUAUUGUGUAAAAUGGUGUAUUUUGCUGCCUGUGAUAAUUAAGUCAGCCCAUCACCAGGUAACUCCAUUGUUACUGCACUCGAUAAACUACACAGUGUCUCUAAAUUAUUUAAGCCUUACUGUUAGAGUUUUCUUUAUAAAAUGUAAUAAACAGUCCUGGAUAAAAGCAAAUAACUCUUUCUUUCGUUCCAAAACAAUGCUUUUUCUGUCAUUCUUCUAAUUAAAAUAAGAGUAACAAAGACCAUUCUUCUUUUUUCCAAGCUUUUACUUCGCUAUUUUUCAGUAAGUCUAUGGACUCUGUGAUGGGAUUUAGAAAUUAGACUAGCAUAGAAUUCCAUCUGUUAAAAGCUCGCUUAGACGCCAAACCUCACGGCUGUUUAUUUACUUUUAACAAAAGCCAAGGAAAACAAAUUGAGUUGUGUUGUGCAAUAAUUAAUUCAAAAAGUUUGACCUGUGAAUUGUUUUCCAAUAUUUCCUUACUAUCACAGACGAGAACCCACAACUUGUUUGCAAUUGUUACUAAUAUUUGGGUUUAUGUUUAUAAAUGAAAACUCAUCUGUCUUCUUGUUUUCUUGAGAUGGCUUAAUUUAAAUUUAAAGAUUAAGUAAGUUUUACGAUAUUCUUAACUGCUUCAUCCAGCUAACAGUUCAACACUCACCGGGACAACUUUUUAUAGUGAGAAUUAGAAUUAUUUUCUUCAUUACAAUGUUUAUGCUAUUAAAUAUAAUAAACGAUUAAAACAUUGACAGCAACAUCUUUCUGAUUUCCUCUAACUAUGAUUAGUUUCACUCAAACCAAUUUUUGAAGUCCAUCUGCUCCCUUCCUCUUUGAUUAACGUGAUAAUGUGAAUUCAUGUUAUUUUAAAUAUUUUAUAUUUCUUUCCUUCUCAAUAAUAAAAUACUUACAUCAAUCUGAUGGCUCGUCUACUCUUUGCACUGUAUGGCUCUUAAUUAUUCAGUAGCCGCUAUAACUACUUUAAAAAGGGUUUUUUGUUGUUGUUAUAAGUGUCCUUAUUUGACCACAGAGUCCAGACAUUUAUGAGUCAAUGACACAUGAAUAUAAUCCAGGUCUGUUGCUUUAUACUGAUAGGCGUUAAAUUGUCCUUGCUGUCAAUGAGAAAGUUUUGAGUGGGCAGGUUCUGAUCUACAAACUUGAGAACACCUGGUUUGUAUCUCUUAAGCAGGAUAUAUGGAACAGCUUUGGCAAUAGAAAGGCUUCGUCAAGUAGGUCCUGCUUUUAGGACACCUGGAACUGGUGGUGAACCCUGACAUCUAUAAUCUGCUCAGAGAUGGAGAUGUUUUGGAUAUUACAUCAGCGUAUCCACGCGGCCGGAAGGAGGAAUAUAUAUAAAUGAAGAAAUGGAACGUAUGAGUGCGUUCCACAACGGAAUUACCCGCGAACUACAACUAAUUAAGGACUUAUAUAUGGACAUGGACUGGACAUAAGUUUAGAGAGACAACUGAGGAAGCCACAACAGGCGAAACGCGUAUUGGCUUAUUUAUAUUUUAUCCUUUUAUAUUCUAUCUAGUUUUUUAUGUAUAUUUUUCAAUAAAUCCAUUUUUUAUUAUUCCAUCCCCUGGAUCCUCUCCUAUUUAUUGGAAGCAUCACUACCAGCCACAGAAGGGCUAGGAUCACCCUGAAAUAGAUCCUGAAGUCAUCUAUACCAGAGCCAGGUUUCAAAUUGGCUCUGAUUUUGUGAGUGUUUCCUUGCACAUAUUGCUCUUUAAUAUUUAUUGUUAAAUUGUCUGCACUAUUUUGUGUAUCUCUCUAUCUCUACAGUAUUAUAUUGAGAAGAGGAGAGAAUAGUAUUGCUCCAUCCAUUGUGUCUGCAUGUUUUGGAUAUUGUCCACUGGCAGAGGACUCGUUCCCAUUCGGGCCUUUAGACGUUGUCCCUGUCAUUCUACUUUUUGUAACAUCUAGUAGUUAAAAGGUAAUUCCAUAAACCAUGACCACUUCAGUGAUUUGAAGUGGUCAUAAUGGUUGGAGUUUGUAUUUGAACUCUGUUCUGGGCUGUCCAAUUUCAACUCUCUGCAUAUUUUACCCCUGUCACCAGUGCGCACAGAGCACGGGCAUGAAGAGCAAAACUCUUCUCCCUUCAAGGACUGAAGUAACCCUUUAACUGUAGAUACUAUCAGCCAAAAUACCAAGAAGCUCCCAACCUCCAGGUCCACGUUUUCCAUGGUUUGUGGCCUUCUAAUGUCUGCCCCGAAGGAGUAUGUAGGCUGCUAACAUCAAGCCGGUUCUUUUCACAGAAACCUAAUAUUGAUUUUCAGUCUAGAGAUGGUAAUUAGAAACCUAACAUUUCAUCCACAAAUAAUUAUCAACUAGUUCAACUCCUGUCAAACGUAGAGCAUUUGCAACAAGUGAAAUUCACAGGGAAACAAAGAGGUUUAUUCGCUAAAUGCAGAAUUGUUGUGAAUCGGAAACUGAAUUGCAAAGUUUUAGCAGCAAUUACUGGAUUGGGAAUAUAUUCCACAACAGGCGUAGUCAAAGCUUGAACAUUAUAGCCUACAUUUUGAAUGAUUGUUUUUUAUAUUUUGGGGAAAAGGGUGCAUCUAGAUACACAAUUCUACAGUGCUUUCUAAAAUAACUAAAGCAGGGUAUCCGCUCAUAGCUACAUUAGCAUCAUUCCACAGUUUGUUGUUAAGGGAUUCACUAACAGGUCAGGCUGCCUCACACUCACUCAUUCACUCACUCUCUGGCUCUUACUGUCGAAUCCUGGCUGAGUACGUGUGUGUUUGGACAUUGCGUGGAGCCAAACGUAUUCAAGGUAAUACAGGUAAUAAUUUAAUUUACAUUCUGUGACAAAACAACUGUUUAUCACCUGUUGUUUUGUCACAUUUCUGUAUCUUACACAAGGUUUGGGAAUCCUUGUAGAUUUACUGGAGCAUGUUCACAUUAUAGCGAGCGCCUACGCCUGUCUUUUUUCUGUACAAUUUACAUUCUGUGCCCAGAGAGCCAGACAGGGCAUCUAAAUUUAAAAAAAAUAAAAACGUGUAAUAAAAAAAAAAAUAAUUAGUAUAACUCAUAGCUAACUUUCACCUUCUUUUGAAGAAGUGCUAACAUUCGAUUUGCUAUUAAUUUGUGCAUAAUGUUCACGCUAGGGACAGCUCUAGAAUUUAAAGUAUGAUUGAAAGUCUAAAUGUAUAGUUAAAUGUGAUGUUAAUAUAUAUAUUAAUACUGUAUAUACCCUAUUCUGUGCUAUUGUUUCAGCUAUAAAAUACCGGCUACGCAGCAUUGCAAGGUUAUUAAAGACUAAAAUAUAAACAUGCCUUUGUUAAAUCAAGCAAACAUCGAAGCUUGAUUAUGUUACGUCAUUACAAGGCUUUCUCUCAAGGGCAACAAACAUGUGUCUGCAAUGUAUUAACUGCCAGUAAUUAGCUGUGGCUGUUACGCAUAAAAGCUAAUUGCUACACAUAGAACUGAUUUGCAGCUACUGUAGCAAAUGAUUAAAAGCUUGUCAGAUGAGCAGACCUUUCUGCUAUGCACAUUUUCUGACUGUAAAACUUUGUAACUGCUCUGUGGAAUGUCAUACGCCACCUUGGCUACAUAAUUUAUAACGAACUCCUUAAUUAAAUCACCGUCUAUGUUUAUUUUACAGUCGUAGGGUUUAGCACCGGUGUGGGCACCUGCUGGUCUGCGUAGGGAUGACAAAGCCAUCAUAUCACUUACUUGCCACUUCUUACUGAUGGACAGCACAUGAAAAGUUCCAACAUGCAUGUUGCAGGUGAAAACAGUUAGUGGUGAAUCUUGCCCCGUGUCACAAAUUGAUUAAUUUAUUAACUUCCUUUAAAUGGCCCAUUCUUUUUAAAUUCAUUGCACAGAUAAUAGUUUAACAAUAUACAAAAACAAGCAAUACAAAAUAUAUAAAUAAAUAGAUAAAAUAGAUACUCAGUUUUAAAGUUACUUCUUUUUGUGCAAAACCCCAACACAUUUCACAUUAUCAGCCUUGAACAGUGCCCACUCCAGGAAGUAGUGAAGCCAUACAUUGGUUUAAGGAGUCUGAACUAUUGUACGUGUUUAACUCAGCACUGCAAGGGUUAAAGUGUAGUAAGGAGGGUCCAUAUAGCAGAUUUUAUAGCACAACUUUGUUUGUUAUCCCUCCUGCAGUCUGUGAAUGCUGUGUACUGAAGGACAUCACUGCUCAUGUUAUGAUAUGGGCAGACCUGGUUUCUAGCAGAGGAGGGUUUAUAUUUAACAUAUAAUGUUUGUGAGUCACAGCCUCGUCGCAUUAUUCUACUUCUGUUUAAAAGAAUUGGAGGGUGCAUUGAAUGUACAGUAUGUUGGUAUAAUUUUGCAGGUGUGAGGCAGUAUAAAGGAACUGUACAGGGCAAUUGCCAGCAGUAUGUGUUUUGUGCUUGGUUUAUGGCCCAGAAUCUCAAAGCUCUCCAAGCAAGGACUAGCCCACUGAGAUAUUCCUGGGAUCUGGGAUCUUGAUCUUAACAUGUAUAUCUUGGAGGAAAGAAGAGACAGGGAGGAUAUGAUAGAAACAUUUAAAUAUAUAAAGGGAAUCCACACCGUAAAGGAGGAGACUAUAUUUAAAAGAAGAAAAACUACCACAACAAGAGGACAUAGUCUUAAGUUAGAGGGACAAAGGUUUAAAAAUAAUAUCAGGAAGUAUUACUUUACUGAGAGGGUAGUGGAUGCAUGGAAUAGCCUUCCAGCUGAAGUGGUAGAGGUUAACACAGUAAAGGAGUUUAAGCAUGCGUGGGAUAGGCAUAAGGCUUUCUUAACUAUAAGAUAAGGCUAGGGACUAAUGAAAGUAUUUAGAAAAUUGGGCAGACUAGAUGGGCCGAAUGGUUCUUUGAAUUCAAAGCAUGCUUAAACUCCUUUACGCCAUUCAAUGUUUCUAUGAGUUUUUUUGCAAAAACCCUGCUACUGAUUUUAACUUGCAUUUAGAACAAACCCUUAAAAUUUUCCUGUGAACCCUAGAUUUGCUUAUUUUUCAUCUGCAACUCCCAAGACUCUCAGACUCAUUUAAUGGUUAGUGACAAUGGACAUGGCAUUUAGAUGAUUAAAUUCAUUCUUCUGUGGUUACCUAAUGAAACAGCUAGUGGUGGUAUCUAAACGUGUGCAUGUUAAAACACCACGUUAUGAGAAGAUAACACAUUAUUGCAGUGAUUCCUGCAAUAAAACAAUGUCAUAGAGAUAGAGGCAAACACAUUAUAAUCUAAUAAUGCAAAAUAACAUUGUUACAUGUUUAGUAGGCAAUUACUAACCGACCAUCGCAGCUCCAGUCCUAUUAGUUUCAUGAAGCACAGAUGGCCCUGCUAGUAAUGAGAUAUAAUACAUAUAAUGUAAUCAUUAUAGUACAUGCACUCUGGGGUUUCCAAAUGAAGAAUACAUAGCGUUUGAAGGUGAAAUGUACAUUGCAAACACAUUAACCUUAUUUUACCAGCAAUGCUGUUUGCUUUGCAUAAUCAAGCUCUGUAAAUUAGCAUACUCUGUUAAAGGGGACUGUCACUUCUCUGGAAUUUAAAUCAUUAAAUAAAACAUUGAAAAUCUCUUACAAUUUGUGCUAACCAUUUUUUUUUGUUACGAGAUGUUCCAUUUUCUUUUAAAUCUAUAUUAAAGAUUAAGCAAAUUACAUCAUAAUCCAAUUCGGACAAGGCACAGCCAGGGCACACAAUGCAAAUUAAGAGGAUAAAUAGAAACAUUGUUUAAUUUCUCCUCCUCUCUCUAUGCUGACUGCCAGGUGUAAAUGGCUGAGCUCAUAACAACGAUUGACAGGGAGCUAAGAUGGAGGCACCCAGCGGCAGGAUUAAGAGAUGUGCAUUAAUACAUUUAAUUUUAUUUUUCACAAUCUUACAAAUACAAAUUUGUUACAUAUAGGGAUAAGUAUACGUAACCUCUUUUUGUUUCCAAGUAACUUCCUGGGUUUCAUCUUAUAGGCAAUGGGAGAUCAAAGGUUAUGUGUUUCUAAGUUUAGACUUUUUUUUAAAUUCUUGAUUUAGGAUCAGGUACAAUAAGUAUAUGUCAUAGAAAAAUAUGUGAGGAUUAUUAAUUCGUAAUGGAAGUGUAAAUGGAAGUGUAACAAGAGGAAAAUAAAUAUUAAAAAUAUAAAAGAUGAAUGAAAGAUGACUUUGACCUAAAUGAGAAAAUAUCAUGGGGAGACAAUGGAGGGAAGACUUGAACCACUUCACUACCAAUCACUUUUUUUAUUAUUAGUACAUUUUAUUCUGAAAAUAUUACCAUAACAUUUCUAUGAACCACAGUGUGGUGGAACCAGCCUCGCCACUGGGCAUUGGAGAAGACUGAUUGCCAGCCUAGCUAUGCCAUGGAGCCCAUUCGUAUAACGAAAGCCUAUGUGAAAGACUUUGGCUCCAUGGCAAUUAAACGGUAUGUAUGUGAUCUGACCUCCAUUCCGUAAUAACGUGCGCUCAGAUCUAAGUUAUCUGGGGAUAUGUUGAAUGUACCUGUUUUAUGCAAUAGCUGCACAGUUAUAUAUAUUUAUGUAUUUUAUUGUCUUUUGCUAUCAUGUGGCUAAUGGAGUUUUGCCUCUGUCCUUGGAGAUAAUUGGAUUACUUCCCAAUUAUUUCCGGGAUAGAAGACUCUGUGGAACCGGUUUUGGGCAAAAAAGCCAUGCUUCAUUUGGGCACAAAGGACUUCGGUCUAACUUUUGACCCACUGGACCAAUUUGUAUGAUUUUGACGUAUGUUUGUAUUUGGAGUAUGCUGAUGAAAAUGUAAGUUUUAUGUGACUGUGAUGCAUACUUUAAAAGUUAUGAAUGUUGUGUAAAAUUGUGUAUUUUCCUGCUUAUGAUAAUUAAGUCAGCCCAUUGUGUUCAGUAAUUAUACCACAGGCAGAGGGGAGGAUUUUGUGUGUAAUUGCUGGGAGUGUCUGAGUGUAUUGUACAUAUGAAUUGGUUGUUUUGCAAAACCCUGUGGGCAGUACUCUGUGUGUACAAUGUGCAUAAAAGCAGAGUGUUUGAUUAAAAGCUUCAGUUCUACUUCACCCUCAAUUUGGAGGGCCGUCUCUUAUUGGGGGAAUCUGCUACAAGGGAUUGAUAUGCUUGUCAUACUCCCUUGCUAAAUCUCUACUAAGCUCUUGUAAGAGCUUGUUCCAGCCUUGCUCUCUGGAGGAAGCUACGGUAGUUAUGGUGUCUGCUGCAGUGCUUGGAGACCUCAAUAAGCGCUAGGAGCAUCCUUCAACGGAGGUACCCAGUCGGGGUGCCCGUCGAUCCGUUACACACAGGAUGCUUAACUACCAAUAAAUGAUGAAACAGCAAAGGCGAGAUUGCUGCUCGGACAUACAUAACAUUUUAUUGUCCCUGUUAUUGCUCAUUGUUUAUAAAAAUAUUGUAUGGAAUGAAAAUGUUACUACGCAUUGUAGUGCUUCUAGUGUCAGGAGUUCCCUGUCACCACCCAUCUCCUUCAUUAUAAGUAGUUAAACCAUUUAAGGACGGUGUGAUUUUUGCCAGGUGCCGCUCCGUGCAUCAAAACGUUUGACAGAGAGCCAGCUUAGGAGCUUCUGUUUGCUCUGCUGAGCAAAGCCUUGCAGUCACUGGCCGAACUACCGUGGUCGCAGCUGUGACCAGCCCCAUCACUUCAGGGGGCCCGGGCGACCAACGGACCACUGUAACCGGGUGCCCACCGCCAUGUGUUGUGGCCCCGGUCCGCACAGUGUAACUGCCGGGGUCGCAUUAAUGGAGCCGAUCGGGUGGCCCAUGCUGCUACUUCCUCACAGCUUCUGACAUCAUCGGAGGGGGUCAGUGUUGCGCUUUAACUGAUGAUGUCAGACGCUGGGAGGAAGUGAUUGCCCUGGUCACUUCCUCCCAACAAUCACAGGGGGUCGUGGGGGAGGAGGAAAGAGAGGAAGGAGUCAGAGUGGGAACUCUGACUCCCAACAGCCUGCACCACUGGACCCAAGGGAAAAUUAUCCUCCUGCAGCUAAAAGGUAGGAAACAGGAGGAUGACUUAAUCCUUUUGCAUGUGUGUGUGUUAGUGUAUGUGUGUGUGUCUGUAUGUAUGUAUGUAUGUAUGUGUCUCUGUCUGUAUGUAUAUGUGUCUGUGUGCUUGUGUCUGUAUGUAUGUGUGUCUGUGUGUAUGUGUAUCUGUGUGUAUAUGUGUGUGUCUGUAUGCAUGUGUCUGUGUGUGUGUGUGUGUGUGUAUGUGUGUAUAUGUCUCUGUGUGUGUCUGGAUGUAUGUGUCUCUGUGUGUAUGUGUGUGUUUGGAUGUAUGUGUGUUUGUAUAUCUGUGUGUAUGUAUCUGUAUGUUUGUAUGUAUGAGUGUGUAUGUGUGUGUCUACAUGUCUGUGUGUAUGUAUCUGUGUCUGUAUGUAUGGGUCUCUGUGUGUAUGUGUGUGUGUUUGUAUGUGUAUGUGUGUCUGUAUGUAUGUGUGUGCUUAUGUGUCUGUAUGUAUGUGUGUAUAUGUGUAUGUAUGCAUGUGUCUACAUGUAUCUGUGCCUGUAUGUGUCUGUGUGUGUGUCUAUGUGUGUGUCUUCAUGUGUAUCUGUUUGUCUGCAUGUGUGGGGGGUAGACAAAUGGGGGGUAGGGAGGUAGGGCAAUUUUCUCACCAGGCACAAUGGUUUAUAGUUACGCCUCUGCUUGCAGUGCUAAAACAUUGGUGGAAAGUGACAGCUAAUCACUCUCAGCCAGUGAGCUAAGCCCUGCACUGCCUGCCUUAACUUACUUCUGGCUCUCCAUAGAAAAUAGAGAAGGCAGAGAGCGGUACCACAAUGACCCCAGGCAAAAAGUCAAACUGUUAUAAAACAGUAUGACUACUUACAGUUGGGCCACCUGGGAACUCAUGGCACCAUAAGUACUUCAGCUUACUGUAGUGGUUAUGGUGCUUGUAAUGUUCCUUUAAAUUUAGGCCUCAUGCUGCAUUGAAGUAGACAGGCUUAAACUUGUACCUUCCUCUCGUCCCCACUCACUUCUUGCCUUGUUGAUGGAAUUUCUGCUAAAGCACAAGAAACACAAGAAAAGAGCAGAGGAACGGAGCUAAGAUCAAUCUUUGAUUCUACCGGGUACACAAUACGUCUGUUCUCAUCUACGGUGGAGCACAACAACAGUUCAAGAAAGGCUAGGCGUCAAUCACUUGUGAAUUUCUAACGUGCUUGAAGAUGGCCGCCUACAUGAACUUACGAGCUAAGUCGCCUCGGUGCUCUGCAUCCUGUACACCCAAGCUAAAGGAACACUAUCGCAUUAGGAAUACAAACCUGUUCUUAGUUAAAUUCAGCCUCUACCCCCUACAUCAUUUAACAUAAAAAGAAAUAAAAUAAAGCAUUUCACUCACCUUUUCCCAGUGCCGAGACUCUUUCGGCUCAGCUUAGCUUUCCGACUCCUGCGAUGACCUUCUCCACCAUAAACCAUUGGUCUCCUGAAGAAAAAUGAACUUCUCAAUCAGAAUGGAUCUCUGAGAAAGAAGUGAAUUUUUCUCCAGGAAUGAUCUCCACUCCUCGCAUAUAAGGUGUGGCUUAGUGGAGUGGGGUUCCAUGGACUUUAUUUUCUUUUGUCUUGAUUUUGCAACGUGUGUGAAUGAUUUUGGUGAAUGAGAUUAAGCACCUCUAUGUUGCUUCCCUAUGGUAUCAAGCCAAGCUCCGUAAUAACACUGACAUUUACCUUUUGCAUAUUUCUCGGCAUCUCUCGAAGAUAUUAUCAUGAACCUGACAUAGAACGGUAUUCGUUCAUAAAAUUAAGUACUUAAACCUCUGUCUCUGUAACACCAGCACUGUACGGUGAAUCAGUGGAUCAUCACUAAGCCAGAUUUACUGGGACCUGAUUAAAAAAAACUCUUAUAGCUACUUUAUUUCUUGUGCUCUUUCUACAGAAUCCAAUGCAAACAUCGCUGUAUAAUCUGAUUUAGAGGGUUAUUUACUAAAGUGAGCAUUCAAAGUGAAUCUCGAAUUUAAGACCAGAGUAGCCAAGCUAAACGCAUAGUUGAAUUUUUCCAUGUUGAUUACUUCGACCUUAGACUUAAAAUUCACUUUGAAUUCACACUUUGGUGACGAACUCUGUUAGCGUCACUUUUUGUACAGUGAAAGGGAAUAUUUACACACAGUCGAAUGCUGAGCCCAAAGGGAAAAAAAAAAAUAAUCAAAAAUGAUUCUCCUAUUAAAAGUAAUAAUAAUAACAAUAAUAAGGAAGGAUUAUAAUAAUAUAUUUUUAGGCUGCGAGCUAUUUAGGUUUUCAAAUCCAUCUGUUAUCACAUUGGGGUCAUUAUAAUUACAUAAGCAAAGCAGGAGUAAUUUUAAAAAGAUUAUAAAAUGAAUUUGCAUUAGGCGUUUUCUCUUUAUACCUAAUAUGUCAGGAACAUUAUAAAGAUACCAUGGGGACAUAGUCUUCAUUACUUUGAUGUAGUCUUUGUAUGACUCUGUAGAAAUACAACAAGCCUACUGUGACCCCUUCAUAAUGCCGCCUCAUAUUUUAUUGUUGCCUUGAUCCCUUAAUGAAGUAGCUACAUUACUAAUGUAUAUCAAGUUUCUACAUUUUACUGAAUUUUAUUAAACUGGAUGCAAUGUGACAGACGCGUUUCAUUUUCACAGCUGUUUCAUAAUUUAAAGGUAACAAUAUAUAUGUAUUUUUUUAAUUUGCCUUCUUACCCAGGGUGAGGACUUUAAUAAAUGAAAUGAAACCUAAAUGCAGGUUUUAAAAUGAUUAAAGAGUAUUUUUUUUUUUUUUUUUACCCAAAACCUUUUCUAAAAUUACACAGCGAAAAUAUAAUUAAUAAAAAUAAAUAUAUUUCAAAUAAUGUUUCCCAUAAAACAGCAGCUGGGGUAACUUAGGGUAUAUUCAUGUAUGACAUCUUAUCCCCUUUAACUUUAAUGUUAAUUUUUAUAUAACCGCUGAUUAUAGAUCUGAUUUUAAUUUAUAUUUUAUGAGACGAGUCAUUUAUGACGUCUUAAUACUGUACUGAAUAAUACUGUAUCAGAGUGAUUAGCUAAAGGGAUAUUUCAAAGUGAAUUUCAAAUUCAAGGUAGAAAUAUCCAGUCUGAAAACUUAGUUCCGCAUCUUUGGCUUUAAAGGAAUAGCAAAGGCAUCAAAAUAAUUUCAGAUUAAUGAAGCAAUUUUAGAUCAUGCCCCUGCAGUCUCACUUCUCCAUGCUCUGCCAUUUAGGAGUUAAAUCACUUUUGUUUCUGUUUAUGCAGCCCUAGCCACAACUUCCCUGGCUGUGACUGACACAGCCUGCAUGAAAAGCAUGGUUUCAUUUUUAAUCAGAUGUAACUUGCUUUAGAAUUUUUCAUCUCUUGCUCUAUAAAUUAAACUUUAAUCACACACAGGAGGCUCCUGCAAGGCCAAUAGGGCGAAUUACAGAGCAGGUGAUGAGAAAUUCUAAAUUAAACAGACUGUGCAAUAAAUGAAGUUUAAACAUUAGAUCUCUCUUUACAUGAAGUGUUUAGAAAGCUGUAUAAGACACAUGCAGGGAGGAGUGGCUAGGGCUGUAUACAAUAAGUGAUUUAACUCCUAAAUGGCAAAUAAUUAAUCAGUGAGACUAUGCAGUCUAUACACCAAAGCUGCUUUUGUAAGCUUGGUGCCUAUAGUGUUUCUUUCAAUUUGAAAUUCACUUUGAAUUCUUACGUUGGUGAAAAACCCUAGAUAUCAAGGGUUUCUUAAGACAAAUUCCAGAUCACAACAACAAUAUAUAUUUUAAUGCUUUAUUUAUUUAUUUAUUUAUUUAUUAAACAAGAUCACUGAUUGUAGGUUAACAAGGGUUCUACCUGUUUUAGCUGUCCUUAAAUGUUAUAUUCAAACAGAGUAAGCCACACAAAACAAUUGGUGACCUCUGAGCCCACUGCCUUCACUUGCACACUUUAUUUGGGUUUUAAAAUGCUUGAAAUAAAAGAAAUCGUUUUCUACAAUAAAUAAUCUGAGAUUCAACUGACCCAGACUGGUCCUUCUUCUGGUAACCCCAAUGAACAACAAAGUAACAGCUCACCUAAUUCUCUUAUUUUUUAUUUUUUUUACAGCACGGCUAUUUUGAUCUAACAUAUAACCGAACAGCCCUUUUGUUAAUUCCUGACAAUUAGUGCAUAACACUUGCUGGAUUGCCUUUUUUUUUUUUACUUUUUAUAAACGUAGGUUGGUGUUCUGACCCUAGCAGUGAUAGCCAUGCUGUGUUUUCUGACCGAGACUGACCGAGGCUAACAGACAUUGUAAUUCAGUGCUCUGCUAACCCUGUGCUAUCGAAUUUCUAAGGCACUUUUUAUUUUCCGAAUACAAUUGAAAUUUCAUUUCUCCAAAGAGAAAAACAAUACAUUAAGGUCAAACCAACAUGUAGCUUUUGCUGGAGGUGUGACUCGAGAGUCCCAAUACUGAAUAACUCAUCAUAUCUUAAUAUGACUGAAUGGAUAUGAACUAAUGGAAUUCUUUUGAGACAGCUGGUUGAUGAUGAUGUAUACCAUACAUUGCGUUGGUGCCUUGUGAACAAUUUGUUUACACAUUAUUUCAAUUUCCAUUAGGAAUACGUACUGGGGUACUCAUGUUUUAUUGCAUGUUUGUAUGUAUGUGUGUGUGUGUGUGUGUGUGUGUGUAUAUAUAUCACAAAAUUAUACAUACCGGUAAUAAUUAUUUUUGAAUUGUAUUGCUUUGAGGCUGCUGAUCUUAAAGAACAACUGUCACCUCAGUUUUCAUAUAAUAAGCCUUUCAUCAGGUUUUGAGAUUAUAUAGAUUGUCUUUUUUGCUAAAUAAGGUACCUAUAAGAAAAAAAUAGAAACACGCACCCCUAACUUUAGUGUAUGACAGGAUCUUUCAGCCAUAAUCCUGCAGCUUGGGUCAGACAGUGUUUGGAAGCUGAAAGUUAGUCUCUAUGGUUUUCCCUGAUUCUGUGCAGAAAGUGAAAUAGGGAAGACCAUAGAGACUAAUUGACGGACCCAAGUUGUAUGUAUAUGGCUUAAUGACGCUGUCAAUAUAGUAAAGGUCAAGUUGAGGAAGGAGGAUGUCUCAAUUUCAGUCAGACCAGGACAUGUAUAUCCCAAUACUGACCUUAUAGUAAAAGAAACCCAACCCUAGCCAGAGUCCUAAUUUUAGAAUAAAAUAAUGUAAUUAAACAGGGGUAGGCAACCUUCAGCACUUCAGAUGUUGUGGUCUACAUCACCCAUAGUGAUAACAGCCAUAUCACCGGCAAAGUAUCAGGGGAGAUGUAGUCCACAGCAUUUGGAGUGCCAAAGGUUUCUACCGCUGUAAUAGAAAAUAACAGAAUUCAAAAAAAUGGAUGAGAAAAUAAUGCUUGCGUUCUAGGAAAAUACAUAAAUCUCUAGUCUACCUUCAAUCUUAUCAUAAUACCUCAGGAUACUUUAUUGGUUUUAAUUUCCCUUAAAGGACAACUGUCAUUACAUUCUUACUUCUCAUUUCUUCUCACUUCUUUUUAUUUUUUAUUUUUCAAGUUUAUUACAUUUAAUGAAACUUAACAUUUUUUUAAUAUUAUUAGACAAUUUUACUUUUUUGUCUGGCUGAGCAGCCAUGUUGGGUCAGGUUCUACUGUUAUUUGACCGACUGCUGCAGGUUUGCAGAGGGCACAAGUCAGCAGAAUCUUUUUUCUGUUUUUUUCUGUUAAAGGAUCCAAUUAUUAAAGGGAAACUAUAGUGCCAGGAAAAUCCUAGAUUUCCCCCUCCUUUGCGGCUCUCCCCCCUCGUGGGAGACCUAAUUUGCAUGCGCAGCAAUGGCCGUGCUCAGAUUAGGAUUUUCCCAUAUGAAAGUAUUAUGCAACACAGGCAACCCCACACAACACCACUGGUAGCCUACCCCACACAAUACACUACAAGCAACCUGCAAACGCACGGGCUCUUUCCCACACACACGUGAGCACAAACAUACUCUCUCCCCUCAUUUAACCCUGCCUCUCUUCUAUCCUCUAGUGUCCGACUUAUGAGAAACCAGACAAACACAGAACAAGGGUGUUAUUAGAAUCAUUUGCACUGCGUUAAACAAACACAGGGCAUUUGUCCUCAUGUGAUAGCUCUUCAGAAGGUCUCAGCAAAGGGGCUGCCUUGGAUGGAACAUCAAACUGCCCACUUUGGGGUGUGUGCUUGCUACUGAUGUCCUCCUGUAGGGCUGUAAUGAGUUAAAAUAUCACGGCCAAAUAGUUUUUUUAUCUCAGUCCAGCUCUGUGUAUGUGCCUUUGUGUGUAUUUACCAGCUGGUAAACCAAAUGGGUCAAGAAAAUCAUUGAAAUAUGUCUUCCCUGCCUUUGUAGCCAUAACACUGUGACAGAAUAUCUUCCAGUGAUUAAUGAGGUUAACUACAUUUUCUAUUGCCACUGUCUGAAUUAUCUGCGAGACCAUGUAGUGGAUCAAAGGGAUUUGCUUAGCUGAGAAAUUUCCAGGGAACAACACUAGUUCCUUCGUGGAAUUCUUAAAAGAAAAGCAAAACUAUUUUGAGAAAGUGCAAAAAUGCAUUCAACGCGGAAAAAAAUGAGUCUCCAUGGUUUAAUACUGCGAUUGAUCUGUUAAUUUCUGAAUACUUUAAACAGAAUAUAAUAUUUCCAUCUACAGAUGUAUUUGUAAUGUCUUCUCUAACAUAGUUCAAAUCAAUAGUGAUCAUACAAAUUGGACAAAUUUCUUACAAAUCAGAAAAAAUGAACCCACUGGAAUUUAGGGAUACCAAAUUACCAAAUAACUUGAAUUAACCUGUGAAAUUUUAGACUUUCCUUAGAUUUGGGAACGUUUCCCACAUUAUAUCAAGAACCCAUCAAAAUAUCUGUGUAUGUAAAAUAUGUAUUUUUAUCUAGCAUAUAUUACAUUUGGAAGUCCUUAAAGUGACACUGUCUUUUUUUUCAGUUUGCCUGUCCUUAUACUCUUUGCAUUUUAAUGAUCACUUGCCACUUGCAUUUUUUUAUAUUUGUUACCUUUUAUUUCUUGCACUGAAUCUCUAUACGCAAGCACCACAAUUUUGUUUUCCUCUGCCCAUGAUGGCCCUUCUAUGGGAUUAUUUUGAUUGAUGGAUUGUGGGUAAAUUAGCCUAGCCAUUGCAAAACAUCAUGCUAUAUUACAAUUUUAAACAAAAGUUAAUAAAACAAAAUUUAACAUUGAAGGGGGGGCACAAUAGUAUUUGUUUUGUCACAGUGGGAGCAAUUAGCAUCUUCUGCAAAUAAUCCAAACAUAUAGGGUACAAACGGAAGAUAAAGCAGGGCAUAAUAUGGGUACUUAAUUCUAACACUGUCUAGGUGAUAACGUCUCUAGGUUUUUUCCAAAUAUAGCUUGUAUAACCCCGUCUUCUCUUUAUUAUUUAUUUAUUUAUUUAUUUGAUAUUAUGUGGGUUGUGUCCUUGGUAGGGAGUAAGUAGGGUUUUUUUUUCUCAUCUUUUUUUUUAAUUAAUUUUUUAUAUAAAGAACUUUGGCAAGUGCUAGUUUAAGGACUUAAGUGUUAAGAAAAUAAUUUGGGUGCCAGGUCAAGACCCGUGGUAAGCCAGCAAAAAAUUCAAGAAGAGUUUGGGUACUGACGUGGUAAAGUUAUAAUAAUUAUCCAAAAUUCUUACAUUGUAACACAGUGCUGUUUACCAGCUGAGAGACACACAGAACCAGACAUACUACACAAUCAACCUAUCACUUUAUCAUUGAAAGGUGCCCACACAUAAAAUGUAAAAAAAUAUAAUAAAUGCAAAUAAAUAAUAAAAAACAAAUGCAGUUUGUGAAUAAAAGGCUAGUGAAAAUGUAAGGAAUAAUUGUGAAUAGUAUCAGAAUACACAGAUUGUAUUGCAUUUGACUAAACUAGUAUAGUAUUAUAUAUAAUAAAAACAGCACAACUUCUGUUUUAAUUGUCUGCUCUGCAUAUUUUGGUUUAUUUUUUAUUUGUCCAUUCAGAUAAAAAGAAAAGGCCACUUCAUAUCCUUCAUAUUUUAUUACGAAAAAAAAGGUAAAAUGACAUAUCCUACUUAUAGAUAUCAACGUAGCAAGGCAGAUUUAUGAAAAUACCAGGAGUGUCUUUUUGUAGGCAUUACACAGUUGUAGAGCUGUGUUGAACCUUUGUAAUAUACAGAGGUUUCUUAGAUGCUCAAAUUCUUUUGCAAAUAAGCUGUGUUCUGUACUGGCGUUGAGCAAUCCCUCUCUCCUUCUCUCUACUGGAAUGUUAGAAUGCACAGACAAAUAUUGUAAUUUAACUUUGCUUACUGUGCGGGAGGAGGGAAGAGGGAUCUGCUAGUUUAAGUUUACCUAACGUUAGAAUUAGCAGACCUCCUGGUUAGAACAAAGAUUUUCUAGUCAAAUGUGUUUCUCUACUAUUAUAAUUAGAAAUUUUGAAGGUAAAUUAAGUUUCAUAACCCAAGUUUUGAUUUCUGUUAUUUUGCAUGGGCUUGUAGUCAUGAACCCAGGGUUGCCGGGUAGAGGUUCCUCUUGCUUGGAUGGGGAUUGUACAAGGGUCCUUGUUGUGUUCAUAAAAUAUACAAAUUUCAUUUUCUUGACCUCUCGUUUUUAUUUCUAAGGCAAAAAAUGUGGCUUUUAUUAGCAAACUCAAUGUUACUAAAUUUAUCAGCUUUAACCCCUUAAGGACAAAACUUCUGUAAUAAAAGGGAAUCAUGACAUGUCACACAUGUCAUGUGUCCUUAAGGGGUUAAGGAUGAACGGCUGAGUUGACCUCAUCAGGAAAUUAACCAGCCACUCCGGGUUAUCGCAUCUGUAGACUUAUCCACCAAACCAGCUGUACAUAAUACACAAUCAACUUACUUGUUACAUGAAUGAAAGCAAUUAAAACCAAUUUUGAUCAUACCCAUCUUUACAAACCCAUUAACUGGUAAUUUAUAUACCUGUUUUCAUCAAAUUAUAGAAGCUUCACAUAACAACAUAUUUUUUUACUAGACAAUUUAAUUAUUAACAUUAGUUUUAUUUGCCUAUUUUCAAAAGAGAACUAUGAACACUGAUCAUAUAUUGUGUUUGUGAUAGACUUUGUGAAUAAAAAGCAUGGCUAAAUUAUUGUAUUAUAACAUCAGAAAUGGAUAAAUUGUGCAUGUGCAUUUUUUUUUUUUUUUUUAAAUUAAAUUGCUUAUUCCUUCCCAUCCCUCUAUCAAAUAGACUUACACUUUCUUUCCUCUUGUUCGGUGCCGACAGAUGUUCAAUUAUUGUUGUAUCCUUGUUCUGUCUGAGAUAAAUGCGGUUCAUGUCUUUUGGGAAUUGUUAAAUCUAGUCUCAUUAGACUGAAGAAUAGAUGUGAUAGUGUGAAGAAGCAAUAUGACUCACUUCUCACCCCGGCUUUCAGACAUAACUUUUAUUUUGUUGUUUUUUUGUACAAUAUAUAUAUUUUAAUAUUCCGCAGAAAACUACUAUAUUUUUAUUGCUUGUUUUGUGAUCAGAUUACAAUAUAUAUUCUUUAUAUGGGGUUUUUAAAUUAGAAGACUAUCAGAUUGUGCUUUAUUAAAAGAAUUCACUAGCUUUUCAGUCAAGAGAUAGUGGUUGGGAUAUAUCGUCUGCAAAAUCAGUAUUAUCUGUAUUUAACCGCAGGAAAUUGUAAAUCCCAUCUGAAAGGACAUGAACCUGGAUUAAAUUAGUAAUCCACCCUGAAUGUGUAUAAUGUGUAAUGUGACCUACAUAUACAAGUAAAGAACUCUAAUCAAAGAUGUUGAAAAUCUCAGAAGACAUGGCUAGUCUCUAAGCAUAGUGUGGGAACAAAGGGUUCUCGCAUAUCUCAAGGUGAGGAUAAAGUAUACUUUCUAAAAACUUUGCUUGAUAUGCAAUUUUAAUGUAGAUGCUAAUCUUAUGCCUUUAGUGUUCCACCCACGUGAAAGGUAUCUUAUUAUUUAAAAUCUUAAGACAAGCUUCCAAAUUAUAGGCUAUAAAGAUAAUAAUCAAUUAUAUUUACAAGUCCAAUAUGUAUUUGGGUGGUAGAACAGCAACUAAUGGUGAUUACAAAAUUCACGUUAAUGAAUGAUCAACUUGAUGAAUAACUGAUGGGAUUGACAUCUAGCUCCUGCACAUCACUAAGCAAGCAAGAGCCUCGGUGCCCAUUGCAGACCUAGGUAUCGAGUGAAACACUUUGUUUCAUCAUCGAGGAACAGUGCCUGGUUACUUCUGGCAUCAAAACUACUACAGUGAGCUCGGAGUAACCUUUUAAGGACAAACGAUAUAUUAUGCCAUUAUCAUAAUAGAAACAUAGAAACAAAGAAACAUAGAAUGUGACGGCAGAUAAGAACUAUUCGGCCCAUCUAGUCUGCCCAAUUUUCUAAAUACUUUCAUUAGCCUUAUGCCUAUCCCACACAUGCUUAAACUCCUUUACUGUGUUAACCUCUACCACGUCAGCUGGAAGGCUAUUCCAUGCAUCCACUACCCUCUCAGUAAAGUAAUACUUCCUGAUAUUAUUUUUAAACCUUUGUCCCUCUAAUUUAAGACUAUGUCCUCUUGUUGUAGUAGUUUUUCUUCUUUUAAAUAUAGUCUCCUCCUUUACUGUGUUGAUUUCCUUUAUGUAUUUAAAUGUUUCUAUCAUAUCCCCCCGUCUUGUCUUUCCUCCAAGCUAUACAUGUUAAGAUCCUUUAACCUUUCCUGGUAAGUUUUAUCCUGCAAUCCAUGAACCAGUUUAGUAGCCCUUCUCUGAACUCUCCCUAAAGUAUCAAUAUCCUUCUGAAGAUACGGUCUCCAGUACUGCGUACAAUACUCCAAGUGAGGUCUCACCAGUGUUCUGUACAAUGGCAUGAGCACUUCCCUCUUUCUACUGCUAAUACCUCUCCCUAUACAACCAAGCAUUCUGCUAGCAUUUCCUGCUGCUCUAUUACAUUGUCAUCAGAAAUAAUCACCCCUAAAUCCCUUUCCUCAGAUGUUGAGGUUAGGACUCUUUCAAAUAUUCUGUACUCUGCCCUCGGGUUUUUACGUCCAAGAUGCAUUAUCCACAUUAAAUGUCAGUUGCCACAACUCUGACCAUUUUUCUAGUUUACCUAAAUCAUUUGCCAUUUGGCUUAUCCCUCCUGGAACAUCAACCCUGUUACACAUCUUAGUAUCAUCAGCAAAAAGACAUACCUUACCAUCAAGACCUUUUGCAAUAUCACUAAUAAAAAUAUUAAAGAGAAUGGGUCCAAGUACAGAUCCCUGAGGUACCCCACUGGUGACAAGCCCAAGCUUCGAAUAUACUCCACUGACUACAACCCUCUGUUGCCUGUCACUCAGCCACUGCCUUACUCAUUCACCAGUAUUGGAAUCCAAACUUAAAGAUUGCAGUUUAUUGAUAAGCCUUCUAUCUGCAACAGUGUCAAAAGCCUUACUGAAAUCUAGGUAAGCAAUAUCUACUGCACCACCCUGAUCUAUAAUUUUAGUUACCCAAUCAAAAAAAUCAAUAAGAUUAGUUUGGCAUGAUCUCCCUGAAGUAAACUCAUGUUGUCUCUGAUCUUGAAAUCCAUGUGUUUUUAGAUGUUCAUCAAUCCUAUCCUUUAACAUGGUUUCCAUCACUUUCCCCACUACUGAAGUAAGGCUUACUGGCCUAUAGUUGCCCGACUCCUCCCUAUUACCUUUCUUGUAAAUGGGCACAACAUUCGCUAACUUCCAAUCUUCUGGGACUACUCCUGUUAACAAUGAUUGGUUAAAUAAAUCUGCUAAUGGUUUUGCUAGUACACCACUAAGCUCUUUUAAUAGCUUUGGGUGUAUUCCAUCAGGUCCCAUUGACUUAUUUGUCUUUACUUUUGACAGUUGAAAUAGAACCUCUUCCUCUGUAAACUCACGUGUAAUAAAUGACUCAUUUAUCCUUUUUCUCAACUGAGGUCCCUUUUCUUCAUUUUCAUCUGUAAAUAUAUUGUAUUUUCAUAUAUAUAUAUAUAUAUAUAUAUAUAUAUAUAUAUAUAUAUAUAUAGCCCCACCACCAAGUAAGACUUUCCCCUGUGAUAUAAUAUUUAAAGGCUGGUUUGUUAUGAAAAAAUAAUUCCAUCAUUCGUCUUUUAGGGGUAAAGAUUGUUUUGUUCUUCUUUGAUCAAUAAGGUAAAAUCAAUACAAAGAAUGAAACCAAUUGAAUAUAUUAUUAUUUUUUUUUUAAAUACGAAUGUCAAACCCAUGUGUAAAGUUUAGAAAACAGUGUAAACCAGGCUGGAUUUACAUGCCAAGUCCCUGUAGGCACAAAAUUAUAAGGUGCCUCCUGCUUCUAAAAAAAUUAUAAUGGCAAACAGUUUGCUUACUUUAUUAAGUGGACAUUGCAUGCAAGAAAGUCUAAAAAUGAUAAGUUGAUAUUUGACAACUGCAUAUAUAUGCAUACUGAUCAGCCACAACAUUAAAAGCAUCUGUCUAAUAUUGGGUAGGUCCCACUGGGGCUGUCAAAACAGCUCUGAUGUGUCGAAGCAUGGACUCCACAAGACUUGUGAACGUGUCCUGUGGUAUCUGGCACCAAGACAUUAGCAGGUUAUGAGGUGGGGCUGCAGGUUAUGAGGUGGGACUUCCAUGGAUAGGAUUUGUUGUUCCAGCACAUCCCACCGAUGCUCAAUCAGAUUGAGAGCUGGGAAAUUUAGAGCCCCAUACAACACCUUGAUGCAGCUUGGGAGCCUGAGGACAUGAGGCUGCAGAGCGGAAGGUCUGACACAUCCAGAUGAAAGCCAAGACACAUAAUAUAUCCUGCUGCCAUCUCUUCCCCAGGUAAACAACACACCCACACACGGCCAUCCACCUGAUCUAAAAGAAAAUGUGAUUCAUCAGACCUGGAAACCUUCUUCAGUUGAUCUUUAGUCCAGUUCUGAUGCUCAUGUUCUCAUUGAAGAUGCUUUCAGCGAUGGACAAGGGUCAUCAUGGGCACACUGGCCGGUCUGUGGCUACGCAGCCCCAUAUGCAGCAAACUGUGUUCUAACACCUUUCUACCAUGACCAGCAUCCAUUUUUUUUUAGCAACCAGAGCUACUUUGGCUCUUCUGGGCUAGCCUUCUCCUCACAUGUAUGAGUGAAUCUUGGGCACCCAUGACCCAAAUGCUGGUUCACCGGUUGUCUUUACUUGAGUCCCUUUUGGUAGGCACUGAACAAUGUAAACUACCCUCAAGACUUGCCAUUUUGGAGGUUCUCUGACCGAGCCAUCUAGCACUCACUCUUUUCAAAGUCACUCAGAUCUUUUCUGCCUAAUAUAUCCCACUCCUUGACCUGUGCCAUUAUAACGAUGUAAUCAAUGGUAUUCACUUCACUUAUAAGCUUUAAUGGUGUGGCUUAUCAUUGUAUGUCCACGUGUAUUGUGUUUGAAUCUGUGAGUAUAGUGAGUUUAUUGAAGUGGGUAAAUGCGUGCAGGGUUAAAGAUAAUAUUAGAAGUGGUUAUGGUAAAGUGAGGUUUAAGGUUUGAGAGAAGUUGGUUAUAGUUCAAUGUUAAGAGGCUUGGACGAUUGAAUACGGUUAUAGUUCUUGGAUAAUGUAUUUAUAGGAUUAUUGAGUUUAGGGUUAGAGUCGGGUUUAAUUUAGUAUUUUGUUACAUUUGUUCAGUUUUUAAAAGUAAUUAAAACUAGGAUUGAGGUAAAGGUUUUUUUUUUAAACUUUAGACUUCGAAUGCUCAAAUUAGGGACAAAGAAAAUGGUUUUGUGUUACAUUCAGGGUUAGGAAAAAGGGGUGUUUUGAAGAGGUUAUUUGCAAACCACUUAUGAUUGAUUGUUGAACUGUAGCAGCUUUUAUCUAGGGUGCAUCACCCAGUCAAGUCAUUUCCUGUGUAAGAGACAGUAAAAGAUGGGAAGUGAUCCCUUCCACUUAUUGUCCAGCCUGAAUCACAGACACUGGAGGGGCUGGGACAGCACUGAGUUUUACACUCUCUAUAACUGUUCCUGAUUCCUGUCAAAGUAUCCUAGAUGGGUAUUAUACCACUCAUGCUUCAUACAUAGAACGGUCUGCUCGCUAUACUGUAAGUACGUUUUUAACUAUUAUUUCUGCACUUACCCAAACAGAGAAACCUAUAGGUUUUUUCCCUUUUGUCCAAUAUGGUCCACCUCACUACUACUCUGCUGUGGAAAAUUACCAGAGAGAUAUCCUACAAAUGGGGAUCUAAAUCACUGUACUCUGAAUAUACUGGAGCUGGAUUGAGCUCCAUUACACGUGAGUUGGCAAUUAAGGCUUAAUGUGUUGUGUGUACCUCAUUUGAGCUUACACAGUGCAUCGUUUUUCCUGUUUUUCUUUCAUAUGUUGUCAUGAAGAGAUGUCACAAGCAGGAACACUGCAUGGAAACCUGUGAUAAGUAGGAGCACAAUUUUGGGACUGUAUUUAUAUAGAGUUGAAAUUAAAAUUAUUCAACCCCCAUUGAAAAUCAGGUUUAUUGUCAAAUUUUACAGACUUCCAGCUGUUUGCAAUGAGCAAAUCAACCAAAAGCAAUUAAAACAGCUCAGCACAACAAAUGCUUCAAGUGGUGUCCUCAAAUUCUACUGAAAUUCAACUGGAAAUGUAACAUAUAAUGACUUCUGAAUUUAGGGAAACCACUUCAAGCAUUCAUAUUUGUCUCUAGUGAAUUUUAGGGGUUUUGUAGGGAAUACCCCACCCUAAGGUGCGCUGCCUUUAAUUUGUUUGGCUGCUUAGCGCUGCUCACCCUUCCCUUUCUGUGUUUUUUUUACAAAAAUGUCUUAGAGUGCAGAGUUAAAAGGACAAGGACAAUGCACCCCGACCACUUCAUCGAUGACACAGAGGUUUAUCCAGGCGCUGGGCUUAUGAAUGGAUAAAUUUGUCCAAUGAUUCCAUAAAUCAUGUUUAUUUCUAGAAUUACCACUAGGACUCCAGGCUCUCGUUUGCGGAUCAACAUGAUGAGUUAAAUGUCACAAUUUGCCCAGCUACCUGUAAGGCACUAAAGAGUUUAUUCACUAAUCUGUGAAUUGUCAUAAACUGAAACCUAAAUUGCCCAGAUGUAACUACAAUAAGAUUCUAUAAGAGGCAGGAUUGAUCCAAAUUGACUUUAUUGUCCUGUGUUUUGCAGUUUGAUUUUUAUUUCACUACACUUCACUCUUUAGUGAAUAAACUAUUUGUUAGAGGAUACAUCGUAAGAACAUGUGAAUUAUGACCACUUUUUAGGGGCACACCAAGCACCAUAACCACAACAGUCCAUAAUAGUAGUUAUGGUGCUAUCAAGCCACUGGUUUCCUCUGCAUCAUCCCUCAGUUCUGUGUCAAACCAUAUCCAUGUGUCUGGUUGUCCAUGUCCUAAUCUAAGAUAAGCAUGUGUCUUUUACAGAGGUUUCACUCCCACAUUAAUAUCAUACAUACUAGGACUGCACUGAUUGGCUGAAAGCACCAUAUGAUGUACUAAGUCAAUGAACGGUGGCAAGAGUUGGACACAGUUGUUAUUAUUAGUUUGGAUGUGUAACUUGCAGUAAUAUGCAGUGCAAACGGCUGGCAUGCCUCUCCCGUGGGCUAUCCAUUUGGGUCCAACUACUGGAAAAUGCUUUGACACAGAAACUGCAAUAGUGAUCAGGUCAUUAGACUGAUUCUAUAAUUCAAACAUAAUAUUUAAUGAACAUUCGGUCUGUCAUAUAGAUAGACAGACAGACAGACAGAUAUAUAAAACAAUUACGGAUGAAUGAUAGAUAUAUAGAGAUAGAUACAAUAGAUAGAUAGAUAAUACAAUUAUGGCUGGAUGAUAGAUUUAUAGAGAUAGAUAGAUAGAUUGUAAGAAAACACACAUAUUUCAAUCAAUGCUAAUGCUUAAGCAAACCUCUAAUAAUGUUAAUUAAAUCACACUGCUAAUGUAACAAUUUCCUUUUUCUAACGGCUAUAACGAGAAUCCCUUAACCCUACACAGGGUGAGAUAGAUUUUCUGCCACAUAUUUCCAAGAUCACUGUUGCAGAACUCGCCAAACUACAUAGCAAGCCAAAUUUAUGUGCAAGCUGAAACUAUUUCAAUGCUAAUGUAGCGCCACAAGAAAAAAAAAAAAAAAAACCUACUUUAAUUAGAAUCUAAGAUGCUUCUGUAAGCUCAGAUCUAAUUAACUGCCAAGUCUAGAAAACGGGGCAAAGGAGAUCAUAAAAAGAAAUCACACAUAAUCUAUGCUAAAACGAUGCCCAUUCCUAAAGUCUAAUUAAUCAGUUCCUCAAUAAAAGUGCCGAAAUUUAAUGUAAUGACUCAAAUGGCUUUGGUGCCAUUAAGAGCCCCCGAUUAUGUUGAAUAUGUUGUAUUAAUGACAAGGGAUCUGCUGUGUUGGUAUUAAACAGAGACAAGUUUAGUCACUUAGCAUUGUAGAUGUUUCUCGCACUAUUUCCCAUGAUGCUUGACCAGUUUUACUGAAUAUAACAGAAACAUGGACCAUAAAAUAGAGCUGCCGUAUUUUCCACGGCGUCAUGUUGUGUAUGAGAGUCUGCCCGGCAGUAUGUAAAGUACCCAUGCUGCCGGAAGAAUUCAAUUAAAUUAUCACACUUUGGUUCCUAAUUCCCACUUUAACUGUCAUAAUUAGCUAACUUAGACCUUAAUAGUUUUGGAUAAGAUUUUCAAAUGAUUUUAUAAUAUUUGUGGAUAAACUUUUCAAAUAUUUUUUUCAAAAUAGUAAAAUAUAUAUAUAAAAAAAUUAUAUAUAAAACCUAGAUUACAUAUUUAUAUAUAUAUAUAUAUAUAUAUAUAUAUAUAUAUAUAAAACUCUUCCUAAAACCUGACAAAACUGUCACAAUGAUCUUUUGGAACAGUACCUAAUUUACACAAAUUACACAAUUCCCACCUAGCCAUCAAAACAAAUUCAAAUAGCACACUGACCGCAGUCCACUCUUUCAAAUACUUGGGCAUGUUGUUAGACCACAAUCUUUCUUUUGGCCUCCACAUAGAAAAACUUGCAUCUAAACUUUAUCCAAAACUAGGUGCCCUGUACAGAAACAAAUACUGCCUAAGCCCUACAGUAAAGGAAAAGAUUGGACAGCAAAUGUUGAUGCCAAUCAUUGAUUAUGAGGAUGUAGUAUAUGCACCUGCACUGCAAACCCACCUUAAUAAACUCAACACAUUGUAUAACUCGUUCUGCUGACUUGUGCUACAUUGUAAUUACAGGACCCACCAUUGUGAUAUGCUAAAAGAACUAAACUGGCUGUCGCUGGAAUCCAGACGCACCCUUCAUCUUUCCAGCCCUGUGUUUAAGAGCUUUUCUGGGAAGCUCCCACCCUAACCGAGCAGAAUGCUCUCCUCGGCUGUUCCCACUUCCUAUAACCUCCGAUCCUGUACAAGCACUUUAUUUAGUCUACCUCAAUACAAAAAGAAUGCAGCCCGAUCCUCCUUUUCCUACAGAGCACCGCAAUUAUGGAAUGACCUCCCACACAUUUUCAAAUCUUCCCCAAGCCUAAAGUCCAUUAAGAGAUCCCUCUCUACAUACCUCAAAACAGAAUGCACGUGUCAUGGUUGAUUAUAUAUUUCCUAUCUGUUCUAUGUUACAUUUUGUAUUUAUUGUGUAUUGAUAUUGUUUUUGUAUUUUAUUGUACCCUAAUGUAACAAUGCAAUGUUUUGUGGACCCAGGACAUACUUGAAAAUGAGAGAAAUCUCAACGUAUCUUUCCUGGUAAAAUAUUUUAUAAAUAAAUAAAAUAUUCAAAUAUAGAUCGUAGGUAUCCAAAAAUAUCUCAAUGAAUCAAAAAUAUCAAAAUAUUAAAAAAAUUUAAAUAUUUGUCCUGAUAUUAAAUUAUUUGAAAAGCUUAUCCAACACUAUUAAAUUGAGGCCUUAAUACUUAAUUUCCCAAAAAGUUAAUUUUUUCAUAAUCAGGUUUUUUUCACUAAUAAUUCUAUGUCCAAAUUGUGGUGAACUGAAACUUGGUUACCAUCAUUUAAGAUAAAAUAGCUUAAGCUGUAAACACAGGAUUCAUUACAUACAAUAGGUUGUACUCUCUUAUUUGUGGGAGCCAGGGAAACCCGAGCACCAUUGCUACUGCAGUGCUUUGAAGUGGCUAUUGUGCUUGGAGGGCUGAAAUAAUUACUGCUUCAUUGGCGUGUGUUAAACUGUAAUUCAAUGCACUCAUCAAACCAAGUACUAAAGUCAAAGAAUUGCCAGAUUAUAAUUCUAUUUAGUGCUGUCUACGUCAAACAUCUGCUUUAGAAAUGCAUCCUCUUGUAGUAAAUGACAGUUUUCGGUUGGUAUAUGGUUGUGCAUUAGAUAACAAUAAGGAAUCUCAGGGUGUAUCUAUUAAUGGAACUUGUGUUCCCAAUGCUUUUGUUAAGUUUUUGUCAAAAUUUACAGACUUUCAGCUGUUUGUAAUGAACAAAUCAAUCAAAAGCAAUUUAAAUCGCUCAACACAACGAAUGCUUUAAGUGGUUUCCCCAAAUUCAACUAAAACGUAUUACUUCUCCAGUCUCAAAAUUAUUCAACCCCUUAAUGGCAAGCAUCUUUGCUGCUUAGUAGAGAACACUUUUAUGACCUGCUGAAAAUGAGAUGCAUAGUCAGACACCAGCUCCUGGCAGCGUUCCUGAGAAAUCUUAGCCCAUUACUCAUGAGCAAUGGCCUCCAGUUCAGUAAUAUUCCUGGGUUUGCAUUCUUCAACUGCCUUCUUUAAAUCCCAGCAGAUAUUUUUUUAUGGGGUUCAAGUCAGGUAACCGUGAUGGUAACUAAUGAAUUUUCCAGGACUUCUUCUGCAACCAAGCCUUGGUGGAAUUUGCUGUAUGCUUGAGAUCAUUGUCUUGUUGCAAGGUCCAAUGACGCCAAUGCUUCAGCUUCCUCAAAGAUGACAUAAUGUUUUCUUGUAGGAUUUCCUGUUACUUCAUUGAAUCCAUUUUGCCUUCAACAUGCUGCAACUUUCCAGUGUCAGAAGAUGCAAAGCAGCCCCAGACCAUCACCGGGCCACCACCAUGCUUAACUGUAGGCAGAGUGUUCUUUUCAGCAUAUGCUUUAUUUUUCUUCCUUCAGAUAUACCGCUGACGCAUUGGGCCAAAAAGUUCCAGUUUCGAUUCAUUGUUCCACAGUUCAGAACCCGAUAAAUUAUUUAUAUGAUUUUGAGCAUAUUAGAUACGACUUUCCUUGUGUUUUUUGGUCAGUAGUGGUGUCUUGGAGUUCUGGCAUGGCAACCUUCUCCGUUUAGUAUGUGCCUUACUGUGCUCACUGAAACUUCAGUGUUUGUUGCCACCAAGUCUCCUUGCAGGUCUUUUGCAGUCACUUGAGAGGUUUUAUUGCCUUCGCAGAAAUAUGGUUGCAUUGAUAGCUUUUUCUGUCAUGUCCAGGUGAUGUAAUCUCUGCAUCUUCAACUUUGAAAUUGCAAACUGUGCUUCCAACUGUGUCUCUAGGAACAUUCAGUGCACUUGCUAUCUUUUUGUAUCUUGUUCCUUGUUUGUGAAUUAUGGUGAUCUCUUCUCGUAACUUUGUGGACCAUUCUUUUGACUUAUUUUGCCAUGUUUCUAACAUGCAGUCAAACGUGACACUCAACAAACCACUAGUCAGUUCAAGUAUUUCAAGUGUUGGAGCUCAAGCACACCUGGUGCAACUAAUGAAGCCCUUUAUUAGUUGUAUCAGGUGUGCUUGAGACAACACCUGUUUUGCAUAUUUGUGCUGUUGUGAGGGAUUCUAUUCAGGGGGUUGAAUCAUUUUGAGACUAGAGAAGUCAUAAGUUGCAUUUUCAGUUGACUUUUGGGAAACCACUUGAAGCAUUCCUUGUGUUAAGCUAUUUUAAUUGCUUUUGUUUGAUUGUUAAUUGCAAAUAGCUGAUAGUCUGUACAUUUUGACAAUACACCUGAUUUUCAAUUGGGGUUGAAUAAUUCUGACUACAACUGUAUGCACAUUCAUACUGUAUGUUUGUUUGUAUGUAUGUGUCUAUGUGUGUGUAUGUUUAUUGUGUGUGUCACAUUAAUAUAACUCAUACUGAGCAAAUGUAACUGUAAAGUAAUGCUUGCAUUUUAGUGCAGUUUCUAUGAAAACUCACAUUUAGAUUACUUGAAAUAUAUACGUAGAAAUAGUUAUAGAAUUUACCUUUUAUUACGUUCACUGCCCCAGGAAGGCUGCGGAUUAUUACAGGCAGAGUUAGCAGGUUAUUUAUCUCAAUAACUGAACAUGUUCUGGUUCUUGCUUUCAAAUCUCUGCAUAAUGCUGCUCCCACCUAUCUAUCCUCCCUUAUACACAAGUAUGUCCCGUCUAGGCCCUUACAAUCUGCUGAAGCCUUACGUCUAUCUUCUGUCAGUACUCCCACCUCUGAUGCUCGCCUUCAAGAUUUCUUCCUGUGGAACUCGCUUCCCUCCUCCGUUAGAUGCUCACCCAGUCUCCACUCCUUCAAAAAAUCGUUAAAAACCCACUUCUUCAUAAAAGCGUAUCAAUUAAACUGUUAAGAGCUCCUGACUGUUUCCUCUUCUGCAACUGUAACUAGUCUAAUACUAUCCUUACCUUUUUGUGUCAUUUUACCCCACUCCCUCUAGCAUGUAAGCUCAUUGAGCAGGGCCCUCAACCCCUCUGUUCCUGUGUGUCCAACUUGUUUGGUUACAACUACAUGUCUGUUCAUCCACCAAUUGUAAAGCGCUGCGGAAUUUGACGGCGCUCUAUAAAUAUCAUAAUAAUAAUAACUGACCAGAGAUGGAUUUCUAAUUUUAGAAACAUAGAAACAUAGAAACAUAGAAACAUAGAAUGUGACGGCAGAUAAGAACCAUUCGGCCCAUCUAGUCUGCCCAAUUUUCUAAAUACUUUCAUUAGUCCCUAGCCUUAUCUUAUAGUUAUGAUAGCCUUAUGCCUAUCCCACUGUUACUGUGUUAACCUCUACCACUUCAGCUGGAAGGCUAUUCCAUGCAUCCACUACCCUCUCAGUAAAGUAAUAAUUCUAUUUGAUUUACUGAAAGCAUCAAAUGGCCAAUCUGAAUACACAUUUCAUCCCAAAUGGGUUUGUUUGUUCUUUCAUGUAUCUGUUUCCAGUUCUUACUAUUGUCUGCUGUAGCUGAAAAGUGAGGACCCUUACAGUAAAAUACACAGGAGGUAGCCUGGAUUUCCGGAACUUUGACAUACAAGGUUUCACUUGACUUUUAAAGGAUUAUUAUUUUGAUAUUAUUAUUAAUAGCAUUUAUAUUGUGCCAACAUUAUAUAGCUUUUUACAAUUUAAAUGGGGGACAUAGCAGACUAAAUCAAGAAAAAAAAAACACGUUAAACACAAAACAAGGUUAUUGAGGGCCCUGUUUUAACAAGCUUACAAUAAAAAAACAUUUGUAUCAGUGCAAUACUGACACAUUACAGUGGAAUAUAUUUUCUAUGUGUAAUUACAAUGCAUAUGAACUUACCACCUCCCAUCAACUGAGGACGAAUGUUAAGAUAGACACUUUAAUGUUAUCGGAGUUAGCCUCUAUCCCAGCAUUUAGUUAGACAUAAAAUACAACCCUAGCAGCCCGAUUAACAUGUGAUGGGAAAGCAAAGAAUUACAUUAUCCAGUGAAUUCCACUUCCAUUACGCACAACACAAACACAUAGGAUAAUAAACAGGCAUAUUACAUACAAUUUAGGUGAUAGCAAUAAGGAUUAAUACACUACCAAUGCAAAUAUACAAAAUAAACACUAUAAGACAAUUACUAGACAUAGUAACAUCUGCAAUAAGAAAAAGAAUAAUUAAAUAAACGUCAAGGAACACUGAGGGCGCUUUAACAACUUCAUAUCUUCUUUCACUAAAUAGAAGGCUUGGGACCUUUUUCCCAGCUUGCAAUCUGUAUAAUACCAUGAGCUGUGCCGUCACAAAUGGCCAUAGAGAAUAAUUGAAUACAAUGAUUUUCUGUGGAAGAAUCAUAGGUGCAUUUCUGCAAGCACCGCACAUGUGCCUAUGUUCCGCUAUGCUCCUCUAUGUUCAACUCGAGAAAGAGGUCGGGGCAGUGUCGAGGGAGACUCGGCGCUAUAGAACAGUUAAGUAAUUUGUUUUAUUUUAAUUUUUUCAAUUAUUUAUUUUAUUUUACACAGGUUGGGACCUAAUGGACAAGGGGCCUCAGGUUUGUAGCAUUAGGAAUACAGACAGAAGAAACUGGAACUAUGGAUAUUAUUGUGCUGGAGACUGGACUUCCUGGAUGAAAGGAGCAGGAAUUCACUGGGAUACCUCUGGAAGUUAGAUGGCACAUCAGCUUGUUAGUCAAUGGGUGGAUAUUUAUCUCUACUGAGCUUAAAAUACCAGCAUGUCCACGCUGAACAAGAGAUGCAGCAAAAACAGGUGAAAGUUUCAGCCUCUACUGGGCCUCGUCAGCGAGAUAUAGCAGAUACCACUCUGGGCAGAGUGUGCAAGUGAUUUACGCCUGAAUUGUCAAUUAACUUAAAGAGAUUGUAGGAAAAUACAAACAGAAGACAGAAGAUUUGAGAACAUUGAGAACUGGCGAAACCUUGUAGCUUGUGCUUGGUUUAGUCCCUGACUGAUCUCUGAUAAUUUCUAUCUCAUACGUGCCAAUACAUAGAGAACCUAAUCAGACUGAUCCCACCAAGUGAGCCAGUCCAGGACCAACAUGUCUAGGUAGAUAUCACCUACAUGUGACUAGAAAUGCCCUAAACAAAGCUGAAAUAAUUGUCUUUUUUGAGCAAAUAUACAGCAAGUUAAGCAGAGGAUACGAUAUCUGAAGAUAAGGUAUUUUGUUUAGAGGAUUUUCUGUCACUUUAAUUUAUUGCUAAAUCUAUUAUAUUCAGAUGAGAGUGAUUUAUUACCAGAACGGAAGCUGAUUAGUAAUCAUUGCUCUUUUCUUUCUGCAUCAUUCUUAGUGAACCUCUCUUAUUUUUCAGUUCAUAUCCUUCUAUACAAUUUUUUUUUUAAGCUUCGCAUUGCUUUGUCCCUGUGCCAUCACUCAUCUAUAAAUGCAAUGUUAACAGCAAAUUAAGGAAAAUUACUGUUUGCUUAAUUGCUGUUUGCUAAAUUGACAGAAAAUUAUUUUUCUUUUACCGUUGACAUCUCGCAGAGACACAAGUAAGCUACAAAAUUCAAAAACAACUUUCUACUUCAUUUUAGCUGUCAGUCUGCAUGAAAUUAUACAGGGAUACUCUAGACAGAGCGAACGAUUUAAUUACUAUUUUAUGUUUUUAAAACUUUCAUAUUAAAAAAAAAAAUUAAAUUUACUUAAAAAAUUAAGGGAUGCCAAUAAAAAUCUACAUUUUAUCAGCUACAAAACUGUCUGAUCAACCCAAAUGAGCUUACAAUCUACAUAGGGGGAUAUAUAUGUUAAGUGUUUUGCUCAAGCGAACUUACUGUUAAUUUAGAAAUAUCUAUCUGUCUAAAGGUCAAUGUCUAUUCUACCUGUAAACAAAUUAGAUUUCUUCAAUUUAAGGAAAAUGAAAAAUACACCCUCAAUUGCAUAGCCAGAAAUUAAAAUAUGAUGGUAGCUGUUCUAGACUUUGAAAGUUUAUACUAUUUUUUAAAACUAUGGGCUAUAAAACUAUGUGUAGUAAUUAGAUACAAUGAUGCAAAACACUGUCAAAUUUCUUCAGUCUCAGUCCAAACCAGUUUAUGUACAUUAUACAUCGAGAUAUUCCCUCCUCAUCGUGUCAUAAACAGAGGCUGUUUAUGAAAUAAUGGAUGUAAUAAAUAGUCAGUAUUACUAAAUAUAAAAUACAAAAUCUUAUGGGAAUUAGAUCUACCAAAAACAUGUAAUGCAAUAUGGGUCAAACGUCAGUCCUUAAUGGUCAUAAACACAUUUAGGGGAUGAUUUGGUAACGGAACAGCUAGACUGAGUCACACCUGAGUAGGACGAUUAUCCCCCCAAUUUCAGCUAAUUGUAUAUAUGGAUGUUUAGGAAAUCUAAGAUGUUAUUUUUACAAACACACAAAACAACAAAUAACAAAUGGUGCUUCAAAAAUAUACAAACACAUUUCUUAUAAAAUGUGAUAGCCCCUAUGAAUACACUCCAUUAAAUAAAGAACAAAUAUAGAUGCAGAUUAUAUACAGAUUUACACUAUGUAUCUCUCUCAGUUUUGUUUGUCUUUGAGCUAAAGUGGAGGAUACACAGGUCCCUACAGUUUUAAACAACUUAUUUAUUGUAAGUGUUUUCAUUUUUCACUAUAUGGACUUUGGCAGAGGUACUGCACAAUAUUAGGACUAUACCAGGUUUUGCACAAGGUCACUUUAGUGAUUCAUGUGCGCUUUGACGGUUUUAAAGAAAGCAAGUGUGUGUACACCUUUUUAAAAUUUAUGUUAGUCUGAAGGACACAGCGCACCUAUAUUUAUUCUUUAGUUAUUUUUACAAACCAGAGGAGACUUAGAAAUCCUCCUAGUUACAAUGGAAUGUAUUUCAACUUCCAACCUGUUAAUGCCUGUUUGCCAUGUUAAUGCCCCUCCAACAAUUCUGCAUGCUUAGUGGACUUUGAUAUUUGAAUAAUAAUAAAUUCAUGGAACAAUAUCAUCACAAUUACUGUCUAGUAACACAUCUAGUGACAGUCACCUUUCGGGAAGCAUUGGAUUGGCUGAGAUCAUUUGAUUAUCUCAGCCAUGGAAACUGUCAUGAAGUGGCAGGAAAGUUGUGUUUAACCACCAUUUCACUACUCUGACAGGGUGGUCCGGAGACCUAAAUACUGGGUUUAAUGCAUAGUGUUAGAAAUACAUGUUUGCAUUCCUGACACUAUAGGGUUCCUUUAACCCCUUAAGGACCAAACUUCUGGAAUAAAAGGGAAUCAUGACAUGUCACACAUGUCAUGUGUCCUUAAGGGGUUAAAUAAGAAUAUUGUAAAGCGCUACGGAAUCUGUUGGCGCUAUAUAAAUGGCAAUAAUAAUAAUAAUAAUUAGUAAUCCAUAAUUCCUAUGCCCAGGAUAUUUGCAGCUGUAAUACAGACUGGUUCUCCUAAAAAGGCGCAUACAAUUGGUAGUUUCAGAAUCUACGUCUACCUAAAACUACUAAUUUAGGAUCUUAAAGGUCCAAACUGGACAUCCAUAUACAGUGUAUUAGGUGCAUUUGGUAGAUAGGUUACACUUACUAAUGUUGGAAAGAAUUUCUUUAAAAAAACCUUCACUCAUCAGAAAUAAACAUAAUCUGGGGGAUUUGCCUUUUUUUUGCCCUUUCCAUCUAACCUGACAUGUUUCCCUUUAUUGCUCCAUAGAAACCCUCACUGUGGCCAUGAAGCACUCCUCAGUGGUGCUUUUGAAAGUAAGAUGAUUUGUGUGCGUCAUUUCUUCAUCUGGACUGAGAAAGCUGCAAAGCGACAAAUGCAGGAACUUCAAAUGUUAGUUUUUUUUUGUAUCUCAAAAAAACAAAUCAGCAAGCAGAGGAGGCUCGGUAGGUAACAUUCUAAACGUCGCCAUAACAUUGAGAGGGAUGACAGUCAAUGUUUAAUUUAGGAAAUUUGGUCUCUCGUCUUUAAAAUAGAAAUAAAUCAAAAUGCUGUUUUGGUACAUAGAAACCGGUUCAUUAUUAUUUUUUUUUAAAAAGGAAAAAAAAAAACCCUACCUAAAUUACAAUAUUUUUUUUUUUUUUUUAUAUAUAGCUUUGACAUAUUCUACAGCACCGUACAAUAGGUAAAAACAAGUAAAAAUUUAUUGUAACAUUUUAUUGGGAAAAGUAGAUGAAGUGGGCCCUGCCCCCAAAAAAGCUUACAAUCUAAAAGGAUGAGUGACAAAUCUUUAGAGGAAAAUGGGCGAAUAAAAUGUUCUGUAUACACCUUAAAUUAUGGAAGGUAAGAAGCAAAGUGGAUGGGAGACGACAGAGGAAGGUUAAAAGGGAUAAUGUGUUAAGGAGAGAACUGGUAGGCUUCUCUUUGGAAGUAUGUUUUUAGGGAUUAAUUGAAGGACUACAUAGACGGGGCAAUCAAACAUGGUAUCAUGGGGCAUUACAUAAAGAAUGGGCAACCAUUCCCUCCUAAAUGAACAUGGUUUAAAACCCUGUCCUACCCUUCUUCCAAACACACAACUCUUACUGCUCCAAAAGUUUGGGUAUGUCCAACUGACCCACUUUAUCUUAUCCACUAAGGACCUACUCACAGGUAAUAGGGAAUUGUCCAAAUUUGAAGCCAUAUAUUCCUCAGGUAUACUUAAUACCAAACAGUUAUCAACCUUCUACAAACUCCCCAUCAGAAACCGACACACGUCCUACCCAAAUUCACCAAGGCUUGGGAAGAUGAGCUGUCCAUGGCCCUAACUAGGGAGAAGGACAAACAGCUUUCUUUAAAAUAUUCCACUCUUCUCUAUGCCACACAUGAAGGCAGCUACGAAAGGAUCUCCAGGUGGCACCUCACACCCUCCCAAAUACAACAUUUCUUUGCUAAUGCCUCCAAAAAGUGCUGGCGUUGUGACCAAGCCGGAGGCAAUCUGGGCCUCAUAUGGUGGACGUGCCCAUUGAUACAAACUUACUGGGACAGGAUGGGCUCAUACAUUCACAUCAUCACAAACACUCUGCUUCCCAAAAACACCCAAAACACUUGUAUUCCUAUUUCUGCCCAGCUCUAUACCCACUCCCACACAAGCCUUGAUCAAUCACCUCCUCAUGGAGGCAAACUUGCUUAUCCCCCUCCAUUGAAAGAAACCACCUAUUCCCCCAAUCAGAGACUGGAUCCAGAAGGUAGAGCUUCUAAGGUCGAUGGAAGAACUCACAUGCUCAUUCACGCAAAAAUAUGCAGUCUAUCAAUAUGGACCCCUUGGAUAGAAUUACUUAUGCACAACCUAUUCCUGUUGCCCCCAUCUACUGUCUCCCAUCCUUCCUCUUUCUUCUCUCCCAACACGCCAACACGGCUAGACAGACAAGACACAACCUCUCCGGAGACACUGCGAUUCCCUGAAAACUGGCGAAGGGCUUGUCAACUGACAACUCCCACCCCCUGA